CUUUGACACUCGCCCCUCCCCUGCGCUCCGGGAAUGCUGGGUUGUUUACAUUACUGGCACACGGGUCAGGAGUGUGGUGAUGAGAGGGGCCUAGCCAGUGGAGAGGAGACCAUCUGAAAACACGUACACACAUCUCGACUGGCUCAACUACAGCACAGGCUCUCUCUCUCUCUCUCUAUCUCUGCGUGAAAACUUUGUAACGCUCGGGAAACAGUGCCACGCAGGACGAGAGGCCCGCAGACUCAACUUUUUUUUCUUCUAAAGAGCGACCUUGGAAAGAAAGGGAAAGUCAAAACAAAGGCAACCGCCAUAACCAUCAGCAGAAACCCUCAACGUGAAGAAGAAGUAGGAGGAAUAGCUUAGCAACAGGCUCCCACUUCCUGGUAAGUCAUGAAACACCGUUAAGUUAGCUGACAGUGAGCUCAUGAGAAUGUACUAAAACUUCACUUGGACGGCUCAAAACUUUCAUUCAGCUUCAGUGGGAGUUUACAGACUCCAAAAACGCUUUCAUACGACAUAUAUUACGUGCACUAGCUAUGUUGACACACUUGGAAAAGUUUCUACGAAGUUCGCUAACUGGCUGAGUUAGCAUGUUAGCCUGUUAGCAUGCCGCAUUGCUAACUUUCACUACCUGAGAGCUGCUCAGUGAAGUUCACACUUUUAACAUUUCAAAUGACAAAUGACGCCUUAAUGUCGACAUUACGCAGAAAAUAGCUUUAUUGUGCUACCACUGUCUGUACCGCAACAAAGUUAUGAGAUUAUACUUGUUAUUACAGGUUUUAUCAGCACAAUAAAGUAGCCAUUAACUCCUGUCAUGUCAUGCUACAACACUGCACUAAUGCUAUAAAACACAUACUGUAUGAAUGCGGCCAUACUUGUGCAUCUGUAGAUUGUGACAACAUUUCUGUGACACUGCAAAGUCAGACUCUACUCUGCAGCUUUACAGCACAUACUCUGACCAGACUUUCACCUCAUUAAAGGGAUAUUCCGGCGUAAAAUGAAGUCAUGGUCAAACACACUGUAACACCGAGUUAGACACCCCCCAAGAGAUGAAUGUUGCAGACUACUUUCUUCUCUAGUUAUACCAACUUUAGAAACGACCACAUGAUAGCAAUACAGAGAGCCAUGCACUCAACCAAAAAGCCACUCUAUAGCCACAAAUAAUGCUCAGAACAGCACCUAACUUCAUCAACAGUACAUAUAGGGUCCUAGCCACCAAACAUCUUUUUAGCUUUGCCUAAUUUCUUUAGCAAAGAGACGGAACACAACUCACCUACUCUCUUCCAGCAGCCUCUUGUUUGUAGCGAGACCUAAGGCCAGUCCAAACUGACUAAAGUGGGGUGACGCAGCUCAAGGAAGAACAUUUAUGAUCAUUUCUUCAUGGAAUUGCAGUCAGACCAAGACACUAAGGCAAAAGAACUACCGCGUCAGCAGUGCAAAAUGAUAAAUAUGAUGAUUAUUACUUCUAGUAAACAGCACUAGCCACCAAACAUCUUGACUCACCUUAGGUCUCGCUGCAAACAAGCGGCUGCUGGAAGAGAGUAGGUGAUUUGUGUUUAGUCUCUUUGCUAAAGAAAUUAGGCAAGGUUACAAAGAUUUUGGUGGCUAGUGCUAUGGCUGGGACCCUAUAUGUACUGUUGAUGAAGUUAGGUGCUAUAGAGUGGCUUUUUGGUCGAGUAUGUGGCUCUCUGUAUUGCUAUUAUGUGGUUGUUACUUAAGUUGGUAUAACUAGAGAAGCAAGCAGUCUACAAAAUUAAUCUAUCAACGGGGUGUCUAACUCAGUGUUAUGGUGUGUUUGACCCUAACUUAAUUUUAAGCCGGAAUAUCCCUUUACCAAACAUGAGAGGACCAUAACCCUUUCAAUUAAAGGCACUCCAGUACACCACCAACACCUGCUACAACUUCGUCACUGAGUUUGAUAGAAAUUAUCUGACCAUGUCCACAAGAACUGAAAGUGUUUAGCCUUCCUAAAAGUAGAAUUUUUGGUAAAGUUUUUUUAGUAGUAGAUUGCAUUUGGUUGCCCAUAAAGUCAUGGCUGUUGGUUGUAUAUGAGUGUAUAUUGCUCAUCAUCUUCAAAUGUGGUAUGUUAUCUUGAAAUGUUCUAACUAAAUGACAAAAUAAUCUUUAUUUUCAAAAAGAGGUUCUUGGUUGAGUGAAAAGCUCCAGGGAUGUCUGCAUUGUACAUCCAAACAACAUUUUUCUUUCAUGCUAAAUCUGAAGUAGAGAGAAGAAAACACAUCUACUGGCAGCACACAUUUCCAAUCUAUGCAUGGACUAAGCUUAACUGGCAAUGUCAGCUGAAUGAUCACUGAGCUGUUCAGGCGCUUUUAUCAUCUACUUAAGUGAGAGCAUCCUGUUUAUGUGUAUGAAAGAUGGAACAAGAAAUGCAAUCAUUAAACAGUCCGUGUAAGCAGCACUACAAGGAAUAAAAAUGCUCUUGAAUAGCAACCAAAAUGAACUGAUUACAUGAGGUUUGAUUAGAUAAAGUAAAAGAUGAGGCAGAGGUGUAAACCUUCAAAAUCUUGAUUUAUUGACUUUGAAGGUUAAUGUUUUUGGUCAGGAAAUUUGAUAGCAACAGUUCGUAAACUGAGUUAUGUUGAAUUGGUCUGAUUUUUUUAAUACUAAUGUUGAGUAAGGAAGGGAACAAAAGUAACUUUGCUUUGGUUCUCUGUUUCUUUGCCUAAGUUUAUGCCUUGUUUUCACCCAGAGAGUCAAAGUAGUUGUCAUUCUCAUACCAGGGUUGCAAAUCUUACCACCGAGCACCUAUUUUUUUUUCUGUGGCAUUAAGUCAUUUUCAUGUGGAAAUUGUGCAAAUAUGUAUAAGAAUGUGUAUGUUUUCUGGACCAUCCUAGACUGGAACACAUCUUGGCUCGAGUGUCGCUUCCAGCCGUUAAGCACCGUAAGAGUUAUGGUCUGGUAUACAGGGUUUAUUUGGACGAGAAUGACCAAUAGAUGGAAGGUAACGGCUUAUUUGAAAGAAAAAUAAAGCAAGAACUGUGUUUUUGAGGAAAAAAGGUUUUUACUUUAUGACUCACUGCUUUUUUUAUGUGAGUCAGACAGGUUAUUGCAAAACCUUUACAUAGUGAUUACAUUAAGAGUCCUGUUCAGACCUGUGUGGACCUAUUUGUAAUUGCUCAUCUUCCAAAUAAUCAAAUCAGAUACUACUUAACGUUUGAGGAAUCAAAUUAUUUAAAAAAAAAGGGAUACAAGCCAAAAGGAUAAACACAAAAAGACUGAGAGCUGAACCGUACAGGUGUGACGACAGAGCUCCGUCUCUCCUGAGCCUUCACAUUUUGGGACUUGCACAUAGGUUGAAAAACAGUACCUCAUGCCAUGUUGCUGUCGCUGCCUAUCACAGCCAAAUAUUUCAGGCGUCAUACCAUCACAUUUGGCUCCACUGCAGAGAGAUGAUUCAGACGAGAGUUAGUGGGAACUGACAUACCUUGUUGACCCAAUUAUUACUCACUUCUGUGUUGCCUCAUUCGAUCAUCGUCAAAGACAACAGGCUUGAGUCUGCCGGCGUCAUCAGGUGAUGGAGAUGAACACCGGCUGGCUCUGUGAAGUUGACUAUCAAGGAAUGUGUCACGAACCGGAUGAUCAGCAAUUGGCUGCCAAAUGUUUGCAUCAGUCUCUGUGGUGAGGGAUUUCUGCCAGUACAUCCCGCUCUGAUUUUCAGCUGAUGAGAGGUGGGAUACUUUUGACAGGCCUUGGCAAAACUUAAUUGUUUUGCCUGGUUUUAUUGCUUGGAUUUGAUUAUGACAGGAGACUAAAGAGUGGUUAAACAGCGGUGAAGAGUUGUGUGCAGCCUCUUUAAAUAAAUAGAAAAAGAACAAUUGGUUUUUCAUUUAUAGUGCAAUCCUUAAAAUGAGCUACACUUGCCUUGUAGGAUAGUUAUAAUGUAUAUUUGUUUGGUGUGGAUAUCUACAGGAAUUUUCGCCCAACCAGAGCUUCUGUGUGUAUGUGAUGUAUGUGUGUCAUUACUGUUCUCAAAGAGGCAUUGUACAGUGAGAAAGUAAUCCUCCUCUCUUACUGGUUUUACUGGUGUAGCAACUAAAAGAAAGCGUAUAGCCAAGGUAAAGUAAUGAAUACAGUGUAGCUUUGUCAUUCUUACCAAUGUGUAUUCGUUUUCUCUCUACUCCCCCCUGGUAUGAUGAAUUAUUUGGAGCGUUUAGAGAAUAUUUUCUGGGUCCAUUUCUGUAUCUAUUUGUUGUAUUAUUUUUUUUAAAUCUCUUGGCAUUCUGAGCCUUUUUCUGGUAAGUUUACAAAGAAUAACCACCAAAGUUGCAACUGUUUUUGCAAGUUUCACACGCUCAAACAAUUUCUUCCAAAUAUACUUAAAAAUAGACAUUGAAUAUGUCCAGAUAAUCCAACAUUUUGGGUUACAGUUAGUGUUCUGAUUUACCUGGAUUUUCCAACAAUUUAGCAUGGGCUCAAGUGUUGGCCUAGUCUGUGCACAUCCUCUCUAUCAGCCCAGAUUGAAUGGUAGGAAGUCUUCCUACAGCAGAGACAUUCAGAGUGAGACCUAAAAUGCCUUUCAUUGGUGUGGAGGAAUCUGCAGCACCCAAAGCAGUGAUUUAGCGCUGUGGAAUUUACCAAAUCGCUCUGUUCUGUGAGAGUUUGCUGUUCUAGCCCUGGAGCUGGCCCCUCCGCUGCAUUAAAGAUCAGAACAGACAUUUGUCAUCUGACCACUUUAACAGUCAUCUUGCCUUCGGGUUUCACAAAGAACAAAAAUGUUAACUCAUAUCUUUUUCUUGCACAAAGCAUAUUUGAAGGAGGAUGCUUCCUAAGGCCAUUUUUUGAGCUACAUUAAACACUGUCUUUUGCAUGAUGUCAAAGACCAUGGCCAAGCGUUGCACAGAAAUGAUGCCGGCAAAGGUAGCAGAUCACUGCGUAGAAUAAAGUCUAGUUUGGUGCACUUUUCUUUGUCAUGAGUUGUUUUAUUAUCGAUAUUAAAAAGCAAGAAAUAAAAUAAAAUAGAAGCUUUAAGCUUCCCCAGAAGAAUUAGGAAUUGAGUCUUUCCUUUUCAGGCUCAGUUUGGUUAGAGUUUAGAGUAAGGUCUUUGGCAAUGAGAGUGGGCCGUCUUUGCAGCCUCUUAUAUUCCUCUCAAACAACCAGCCAGUCAAUAUUUUUCAUAUCUAUCUCCUUUCUUUCUUAUGAAGGGUCACUGAUGUUUCACGCAUUCAGAUAUCCUUGGAGGAUGCCUUGCGGCUGCCCAUGUCACGUGAAAGUUCUCAAUUUCACUGUGGCAUUGAUGCCUUUUCUCAAUGGGCUCUGAAGUGCUCAGGGGGGAAACAGACUACAAAGACAUGCAAACACAAAAUUACUGACCUAGGACCCUGUUGAAAGUUUAUGAAACGCUUUCAGUGCCCCUGGGUCAGCUUAUGCCAUGACCGCACAAUAUCAGUGCUUUAUUUCACUGGAAAAGGCCUGUGAUUUUCCCGUCUUUCUUCUUUUUUCCUUUUUUUUUUUAACAACCACGGUCUAGUCUUUGGCUUCCUUAUCAUACUGUUAGAAAAAAGUGUUUCCAUUAAAUAAAGUUGUGGACAUAUUCAUGAUUUAAUCAAAGCAGCACCAUUAAAUGUAAUUUUUUCUUCUGUAAAAGCUCUUUGAGAUGAAGAAAUAAGAAGCCCCAAUAUGCCAGCCUUUAUGAAUUUGAUCAGGAUUAAGAUAAGAAACUCUUAAAAGUGAUGAUUAUCCUUAUAUUUCCUAGAAUAGUAGUAAUUUAUCAAAAAAAUAACAUGCAAUGUGCCAAUCAUAAAACACUAACUCGACCCUUAUAUUAUAGUUAUUUAGUUUUAAACCUGUUAAACUUGUCACAUCUUAAAUCGAGUAAACUGUAAUUAGCCUGUUUGAUGGCCCUUUGUAGGUAUUUCUAUUCAUUACUGCUACUCUCUGAUCAUGAAAUACUGCAAAUAUUAUAUACUGCGACGAGCAAAUACUGCGAAUACUAAUGGCUCAUGCUCUUCUGUGACAGCACUAACGAUCAAUCAAAUACCUCAUACCAGCUGUGUCUAUGUUUUUGGGUCAUGCAGCUGUUUGUUACCAUCUAAAUAAAGCUACCAAAUCCAAAUUGGCACUUUGUGAACUGGCUCUCCAGCAGCAUCUCCCUCUUUUUUUUAAUAUAUACAUAUAUUUAUUAGAGAUCACUCUCCAAUCGGCCCCUCUCCAUCGCUAUCUGCUUUGAUUAUCCACACGCAAAAAUACAAAUCCCUCAGGAUACAAAUUCACUUUCACAGAAUAAUUACAAGAUGCUUUGUGCCACUGUAAACACCACAUCAGUGACAGUGACAGUAUGCAUUUGUCAUGAGAUGAGACAAAAGCAGAAUGAAUUUGCACUCAUGAACAGAAAAAAAAGAGAGGAAGAUUUUUUCUCUUUUUGUGCGUGUGUUGCUUGCUGACUGUGCUAUGGGCGUUUGUUCCUGCCUCAUCACAAAUGAGCCUUAAUGUUUCACACGGGAUUUGCUGCAGAAGAUAACAAAUUUGUAUGAGAGCAUCUUGUUUUGACAGACUGUCGGUUUUACCCUCCCCCUUUUCAGUGAGAAAUGCUGAGGACGUUUCACUGUCUCUCGUUUACUUUUGUAUCUGGUACAUUCUGUUUCUUUUUUGGGACAUAAGUUAAUGCAAGGCAGGGGCCAGCGAAGGGACCUUACUGAUAAACAGUAUCAUUGUUUCUGAUUUCUGAUUAACCUAAUUCUUUAUUGAUUGUGGAGUAUACCAGAAAACUGGGUGUUGAUGAGCUGAAGCUCUGUAGACGUCCUCCACAGUGCAACACAAACCUUCCUGAAUGUGGCUAUCAUGCAGAAUCUUAUGUGACACACCAAACAAAAUAAGAUCGGAAACUAUCAGAGAAAUCAUUGUGAUGCAAGCUAUAUUUUUGCAGAUCUUUUAAUGCAUUGCUUUUCAGCUGUUAGAUGUAUAAUUUGUGCAAAACGUCCAAAUAUCAGCUUGUUCUUGGCAGGAGUAAAUACCACUUCAAUAACCGUGAGCAGCAUAGGCCAAACCUCUUCAUUUGUUAAACCCAUUUUCCGUCGAUCUUGUGUCUCGCUGCCUCAUCUGGGUGCAUCGGACGUCUUUCUUCCCCUCCCCUCCUGUCCCCUCCUCUGCCUCUGUUUGUACCCUGACUCACAUCACUGUUCCUUGGUCCCCCUGGUCUCUGAGUUCGGCUUGGGGCUUUGAGGUUGCGGUCGAGGCCUGGGGGCAUGAAGAAGGAAGAGGAGUCAUAAUGAGAAGCUCCCCUCGACUCCUGCUGCCUCACCUGCCCUCCAGCCCCUUUGUCUCAAUCCUAUUCCACGUCCAUGCCACCCAUCUCCUCUCCUCUCUUGUAAUUCUCACUUGCUUUUGCUUACCAGAACCCCUCUUCGCCUCUUCUUCCUUUUUUUCCAUCCCUCAACCCCUGUGACUCUCAGUCUGUCCCCCAUUCUCGCCUCUGCUCCACUCACCAGGGGGGGUUCACUCUACCCGUAGCCUCCCCUCAGCCUCCUCCUCUCUGCCCAGCCUGGCCCACAAUCAACGGGAGGCAGGCAGCCUGACUCUCUUGGAGCAGCAGGAAGCUGCAGCAGCAGGGGUUAGGCCUGUAUGGCGCUGCCGGCUGGCUCUGUCAGAAGUCCUGCCAAGCCAAGGAUGAGAGACCUUUGCCAGUGCGGUAUUGGGGCACCGAAUGAAAAUAUUUUGCAGAUGUCUGAAGGCAGGAAUCAGGAGUCAGCAGCAGCAUACUCGGGGCUCAGAGCAGAGGUGUCUUUUAAGUGCAAACGAUGUGAAUAGUUAUGUUUUUUGCAUAGCAUAGAUGAUAAAGACUUUUAAGAAUGAAUGAAGGAGAGGGACUUAAUGAAGUGGUCCUAAGGAGUCUUGGCAUUUCAGGAAGGGGGCGUGUGCCAGGAGGUUGGUCAGAGUCCGGAUUGGCUGAAGGGGAAGUGAUUGAUUCGGUUUGGCUUGGUUUAAAGACGGAGAGCAUCCAGUGUUACUGUACUGUGAAAGCCUGGCUGGGUUCCCAACCAGUUCUGGCUUGAUAGUUUAACAGUGAAUAUUUAACACUGCGCCACACUGCAGGGUUUGGCUGUAAACAGCAGUCAGCAAACAGCAGAGCAGCAAAAGCCUGCGUGACGCUGGGCCUUGGUUGUGAAGCCCACCUAAAAACAACGCACAAGCAGGAAGCACAUCUUGAAGUUCCGAUUUUAGAAAAAGGCAGAUGGCACUGGCUGGUGGUGUCACACUGUAAAAAAAACACCAGGAUCCCCUGAUGAAAGCAACUCCCGCUUGCUUUGAACAGCGAGUCUGUCAUGGUUGGUGUCUGCUGUGUGGCUCCGGGUCAAACUGUGAUACGCAACUCCUGGAAUUUUCGCUUUUUAAGUUUUUCAUGUUCAAAUCGUCUGAGAGGGAAAACAGAGGGAGGAGGUGGGGGGGACAGGAAGUUUCAUUAAUAUUAAUAUUCUAAUAUGUGCAGGAGGCAGGGAAGACCUAUCUGAUUUAGCUGCUUUCAACCCCUGUUGUGGAGCUGUUUUUCUCUCCUUUUCUCUCUCUUUUCUGCGCUUCUUGUAUUUCCUUCUGUCUCUGCAGUUUUAGCGACUUGAGUCUUCAUUUACAGAUUAUUAUUAACUCUGUUUUGUAACACUUUGUGGCAAUAGAUGAUAAUUAGGAUUACAUUAGUUAUAAAGAAAUUAAAAUGUGAUCUGAAGUAUUAUUAUGUGAUUCAAAGGUGAUCCUGAUUUAGGUAAAAGUGUUAUAUUUCAACUUGAUCUGACAAGUUUAUUCAAUUACACACUUUAACAUUUCAAUUUAGCUUUACUGAUUGGAUCCCAUUUUGCUCAUAGCUGCCUGAAACUAGCCUUAAAGUUGGAAAACAAGAUUAAAUGCUCGUGUCUCUGAAUAUCUGUGAGUGAUUGUUUGGUGUAAGCACUAGGGCUAGGAUGGCAUGCUUUUCUCCCGAUACGAAUUUUUGGAUGCCAAUUCGAUUUAAUUUGCGAUUCUACGAUAUUGCAGAUUUUCUCGAUUAUUUUAACACCAGUGAAUCAAUUGAAUGAUUAUGAUUGUCUACUGACUAUUUCAGGAACCAUAUUUCCCCAAAAAAAUACACAUCACACGUAAGUCAGUUUUUAAGAUUUAUUCUUAAAUUUGAAAAAAAAAAAAAAGAUUUUUGAACAUAAAAAGUCUAUUUUAAAAAUUGUAAAACAAAAAAAAUGCGAUACUUAUGUGAGUUGAUUAUUUCUCCAACCCCUAGUAAGCACAGUUUGUUCCUGUUUAGAAGGUUUAUGUUUGUCUGGGAUGUGUCCUGCUUUAUGAUUUUAAUACAUGAAUGAAUUCCUUUCCAAACCACCUGCUGUUUAAUUAUACAAUUUCUGUUCUUGGAAUCGUGACAUCCCGAAUAAAUACAAUCAAAACCCCUACAAGAACAUUUAAUACAUUUAUUUUUGCUGCUGAAGUUGUACCUCCUUCUGCCUGCGAUGUGUCUCUCUGCUCUGCCCUCUGUCACAGCCACAACACCGCGAACUUUCCUCAUUCACUGGUAGACAAAUAGGAGGUGUGUUAGACUGUUGACAAAGAUCCUCACACAGAUGCUCAAUGAUCUAUGUUCACACAAUGACCUCCUUUGAAAUAAAAUCAGAAAACAAUUGAAACAGGCAUCAAUAUAUAACACGUAUUAGAGAAAUACUGCAUUUGAGGAUGAGGUAAAGAUGUGACCUUGUUAAUCUCCUUUUUGUCCCGAUAUCUAGAAAUAAACUAGAUUUGUAGACUUUUACAGAUGUGAUAUGAAGGGGGGCUGAGUCCAGCCUCUGUGUGAGGGAUGGUGGAACAGGUCUGACAUCUCUCCUGAACUGAAAAGGGAAAUCCCUGCAGGCACAGAGUAGAGAGGAGGCAUAGGGGAGGGAGGGCGAGAGUGGAGAGAGGUGCGACCCCUUAGGGGCAGCCUUAUUCUCCGAUCGUCAGCUCCUUACACACACGCUCGCACACAUACUAAGACUCUCUGUCGGUGUGUCGGAUGAUGCACUCAUGCAGAGCAGGAUGAGUGCCUGAGGAAUAAAAAUAAACGUUGAACUCAUUGUGUGUGCAUCUGUGUGUCUGUCUAUGUACGUGUUGUGUUCACAUGCUUGUUAAUACGUUUGUUUCUGUUGAAAUUUCGAUGCAGUUUUGAGGUACAGAGUAAUCAGAUAUGAACACAGGAAAUAAACUUGAAAUGCACUCCCAAAAAUAUUGUUGCUUAAUUGACAAGUGGAAGCUAAAGAAAUGAAAAGCAACAGAUUUAGUUCUUCCAGCACCAAAAAUGUUGACUAGCUUUUUUUUAAAGUCACUUUUGUCUGAUUUAUUUUCAGUCCCAAGUUUUUCCUCAAAGAUACACCUACUCUUCAGACAGCACCAUAUGUCUUCAAAUGAAUGACGCACGUCUGCCAGAGCCCUUGUUAAAAACCAUCACACAGUUUCCAAUUUUAUAAUCCAAAUUCAAGCUCCAACAAAAAUUACUUUGAGCUGUUAAUUAAUAGGUCCACAAAUGUCAUUAAAGUGAGUAAUCACCAUACGACUCGACUUUAUAUUAAGCCAGAAGAAAUCGUGUGACCAAGCCGAAAUAUCAAAUGUUCUUUUUUUUUAAUUAAAAGGUGUUCACGUUGAUUUGAGUGUAAGGACCAUAAUCUUUAUAUACAAUAACAUUCACUGUGAUCAGACAUCAAUCAACCAUGACAACAGGCAGAAACCUCGAAUGAGACCAAACUCAUUGGUGGGCAGCUGUGUGCUGCAACCUGAUAGGCCAUGUAAUAGAUGCAUUUUCGUCAUUUCAUUAUCAAGAGUCAUUGCUCUGGCAGUGUGACAACUAUUUCAGUGUGCAUAUACAAAGCAAAGGAACUGGAUUUGACCUUUGAUUGAGUGGCUCUGGUCAGGAGAUUGUGUGUGUGCAGCAGGCAGCAGACCUCGCCGCAGAAGCCACAGCAGCCUGAAACCAAACCAGAGCCACAGCCUAGUUUGAGUUUUGUGGAGCUGCAUUCCCAUGGGGCCACUGUUCGUAUGUUUUCAGUACAUGUGUACAUGAACUUCUUUGUCUGCAUCUGCAUUUGGAUUUGCAUCUGCAGCUGCGUAUAAUCUAAUUUAAAAUCUAAUCUAAUUUCAGUCAGAACAACAACAACUGAUGAUGUGAUUUAUAUCAUUGUGUUGAUAGCAUGUUGUUUAUCCUCUCUAUUUUUCCCUCAUGGAGCAGUUGGAUUGUUUCAUGUUCAGGGUCAGUGGGAUGUUCCCUCUUUUAACCUCAGAGAUGCUGGAAAGUUGAGGUCCCUUCCCCCGUCCCUCACUCCGCACAUGAGGAGGCUCAGGCCCAGAAGAGCCCCAACACGAGCCCUCAGCCCUCACGUUAGCACUCAGCUAUGUAACGAGACAUGCCUGGGAACUGCUCCUCUCACAUUACUAAUGAUUUGGACAUCUUGCUCUUGUCAUUUCCUCUUAGUCAAACUCCGAUGCUGACGAAGGGUAACUGCUUCAAACUAUCCAGGGAGAAGUGGGGGGAAAAAAACCCAGCUUGAAGGGAGUAUAAGAGACUGGUUCGUAUGUGAGAGGAAAAUAAACUACACUCACCAGAUGUUUUUUGAUGGUUGUUUCAUAGAUGAGAAACUCAAAUGACAGGCCUCAUCGUCUCCAAACAACAGGGUCAGCAGUUUCUGCUUGAUCAUAGCUAUCCUACAACCCAGUCACAACCAGAAAUGCAUGCUGGGUAGGAGACACUUACACUGUUUGGUGUAGAAUAAAACACAUUUGAUAGUGUUUGGUUUUGUAGCUCAGUGAUCUCCUUCUGUGCUCCUUUUAUACUUAAAUCUCUUAUCUAAAGAGUAAGUGAGGCAUUGCGGCUCCUUUGUAAUAGUCGUCAUGCUUGUUCUGCUCUAUUAUGUUUGUACUCCAACCGCAUCUCAUACAAGUUCCUGUAAACGCUGGUUGGUUUGCUUUUGUGCAAGUGUUAGUUCGCACAGGCCACGUCAAGAAUCCUCCUUUUUAGCAGAUCCAUUUCCUCCUUUAUAGAUAUUAAUAGGACUGUAGAAAAUAAAGGCAGUGUGUUUUUAGAGCACUGCCCAGAUGUUGAUGCUCUUGUUUGUUGUCUCGUUUAAAUCUGAUCAUGGAGUUUAGCUUCAGGAAACACAGCUGCUCUGCACUGAGGUACCCAAACACUUAAUGGAAAUGCAGUUUACAGCAAUCCUCUAUUUAAAUAACUACAAAAAGUUAGUGUGGUAUUGUCUUUUUUACUUAAUUUUUAAACCAAAUUUCCCCCCAUUUGUCCAUAUUUGAUGUCUUUAUAAACCCUGCAGCAGUGCAGACAGAGACAGAGCCCGGCCCUGCAGUACAGAAUGUCACAUCUUAUAUCCUGGUGCCAGAGGUGAUGAAGCUAAUUUGGUGGUCAGUAAGUGACAUGGCUAACAAACAAAGCCCUUAUUGGUCCUGGAGCAACUGGGCUGGCUGCUCAGCUCUGCUGUGUGUGCACUACUCUUGUUUUGCAUUGUGAAAGAGCACGAGUUGUUGCCACAGGCCUCUCAUGCAACCUAAAGCCUCAGGAUGUUCGUCAUGCAGUUGUGUGUAAUUCUGGGCGUGGGUAUUUAGUUCAAAGGUUGAAAUGAACUGAGAGGUGAGCCCCUGAGAAAAAAAAAACAAGUAGCCACUUCAUAAAAAUAAAAAACAAAAUCUACAGAAAGGUUUAUUUUUGUGUAACUUGUAUUCAGAUGGUUUUUGGGAGCUCACUUAAAAAUAAUUCUGGCAUGAAAGCACUGAAAUAAAGGAGGGACCACUCUACUGUUCUUUACUAUUUCAACAUAUCAGCAAACUUAAUGAUUGCGCCACUGUCCCUUAUGUUCCCUGACUGUUCCGUUAAAUCUUCAGAGGUUAAUUCCAGUUUAAGUGCCCGAGCAGUUUCUGUGAAUAUUUUUCUUGGACCACAUGAGACUGAUUUUUGAAUGUACAUUUAUUACUGUUUUCUGAUGUUAAAUUGAGAAGUUUGUUGAUGAAUCCAAAACAAAUCUGAUAUUUUAAAAUAAAAUAAUUAUGUAUCAAGGCCCUUCAAGGUUUAAUUGCACUGUCGUUGAUCAGGCGUGUUUCUAAGUGAGUGAUCUCUGUGUCACUUACAAAAGAAAUUAGAGCUCUGACUGACAAACCUGCUAAUCUAAACAUCAGAAAAAACUGAAAAGAGGUCAAAGUGGGCAAAUCUACUGAACAAGCCUGAACUUGGGAUCAUAAAGACUACAGGUAAAAAAAGUCAAACUGUUUUGCCAACAUGAGCUGAUCUAGCACAUCUAGUCUUCAGCAGCCCUUGCUUGUUACACACUGCUCUGGUUGACUGGUUAUAUGCCAGUUUAACCAGACAAAACCUUAACACAUCUUUUUCUAGUUUAACAUACUGCUACCUGUGCCCUACUAUAAGACAAGGGGUGGGAAUCACUAGUGGCCCCAUGAUAUGAUAUUAUCAUGAUACUUGAGCCAAUACAGUGAGUAUUGGGAUACAAUAUAUUCCGAUUUAUACGUUUUUUUCAACUGUUUAGCUAAUUUAGCAUUUGGCUUUCUUUUAUGUUUGUCUUAUUUACGCUGUAUUUUAUUUUCAUGUGGAACAUCUAGCUAACCUUGUGUAUAUAUAUUUGUUGCACUAACUUUCUCCUGCUCUAUGAUGUCGCCUCUGCCAGCCUCACUGGACAAACAGUUGAUUUUAGUUUUCCAUUAUCAUAGAUUUGACUUUAAUUUAAAAAAUCUAUACUUUGUAAAUGAGACAAUACAAUAUUAUCACCAGACAAAAUAUUGCGAUACUAUUCUGUUUUGAUUUUUUCUCCCACCCCUAUAUGAGAUCCCAUCUGUUAUCUGUGAUUGUUUACAUCCAGGUAGUGCAGUAGUAGAGCAUGAUGGCAGUCACCAGAGCUGCAUUUUCUGACACCCCUAAAGCGCUCUCUUUCUUCUCUCUCUCUCUUAAAUGUAUAAAAUAUAUACUCUCAGAUUAUGAUGAAACUAAGGGGCGAUGGCGAUACAGCAUUUUGAAUCGCUGUGAGUGUAGUGAGGGUGUGAAAGCAAAGCCCAAACCCCCAGGGUCUCCUCCCCUGAAUGCCUGGGGGGGUUCUCAUCUUCACUCAGCCUGCGUCUUCACUUGCUAAGCUGGUUUCUAAAGGGAUCACACAGCUGUCUCAAAUGCAGGACUCUGUUUUUUUUGGCAUACUUAGCCCACAUGAUUUUGUUUCAUUUACACAGUCAGCAAUUUGUCAAUAAACCUUGUUUAUUCUGCGUGAUUGACAGAACGAAUUGGUUUCACCUCCAUAAAGAAGGGUGCCGAAGGAAAAAGAGAGAGGGGUAGCGUGUCUGGCGGUCUUUUUGUGACUGGUACCAUGGCUGUCUGUCAUUCUUCUUUUAUCAUUGAAAUUGGAGUUUAUCUUUUACAAGCUUGAGUGGAAUGUUUUUGUUUUUCAAGUGAUUAUUAGCAUCCUCCUUGGCUGCCGUCUCCUGGCUGAUGAAAUGAGUACAUCAAACAGAGCGCCGUGCUAACGAAGCAGCUCAGGCUGGCUGGUUGGCUGGUUGGCUGGCUGGCUGCUGCCUUUUGCUGUAAGGCACCUGCUGAAGUGACAGGCUGGCAACAAAAGGCCCCUUUGCCACAAGAGAGCCGUCAGUACCGCUGUGGAGUGGGCAGGACAAUAGAGCAGAGGUGGCCUGAGCUUUUAGACACGUGCCAGCUCGUGUCGACACCACACAGGAGCAGGAGAGCGCCGAGGAGAGAGGGGGAAUGAGAAAGGGCUGACACCUGCAUGUGCUUGAGCUCCGUCCUCAAUGGUGGACAUGUUUACUUUACAUAGGGGCUGAAAAUGGCAAAGGAAAACAGAGAUAGAAAGGAUACAAACGCGCAGGUGUGUGCACAGGGGCAAACCCACACACACAGAUGAAGACAGAGGAGGGUGCAUUGUGGUUAAUGGGAUUACUGGCUCAUGGAGAGUCAGGUGAUUGUGCAGAUGUGUUUUUUUUAUUUUGUGGAGGCUGCAGAGGGUGAAGUGAGAGCACACCGGAGCAGAGCAGUGAGCUAGUUUUACUUGGAUUCUUGGGGUAUUAAUCAAUUUAGGCCUCACAUGAAGCACGGACUGUUUGUGCUGUGCUAUUUACUUCUGCAGGGAAAUAAUCAUUAGCCUAUAAAAAUGUGAACGUGAAAAAUGUAAAGAAGGCCCUAUAAAUAGUUAGCAAGCAGCGUUAUGGAUCGCUGGCCUUGUAGUGUCCCCACGGACCUCAGCGGUUUUCUUUGUCUUAAUUCCCUUUUUUAUCAUUUCGCUGUGUGUCCUCCACUUGGGAGAGGGUGAAGGUCUGAGUUGUGUAAAGAUAUCACACACAAACAUACACACAUACUUCAGAUUCUUUUGUUAGCCUUUUUUCUUCAUCUAUUCAUUCCUUCUCUUUUAUGAACUACAAAAGAGUGAGACUUAGCUCGAGUCUGACAAAUUUGAGGAACCAGUAAUUGCAAGUAUUUCUGUAUCUGCUAUCUCUUUUUUGUUUUGUGUGUGGCAGCGAGAGAGCAGGAAUUGCAUGUAGGGAGAGAUAUUUCUGAUGUAAAUCAAAACAUGUCGGCUUGUUUCUUGUGCUGCCUACAUAUAGCAGUCAAUAUUCAAAAAAUGUGUCUUUUUUUAAAAUUAAUUUAUUCAACCUUUAAUUAACCAGAAAGUCCCUAUGAGAAUAAAAAUCCCCCAAAAGAGACCUAGCUACGGGAGCUGCCAUAAAGAAUCAAAAGAGGAAGCUAUAAGGGGAUGCUGUGGAUCAGUGGCAGAAUUGGUUGUAUAGGUCAAGAGUUUGAUCCCAGGUUCCACAGUCCACAUGCUAGUGUGUCCUUUGGCAAGACACUUGCCCCUAACUUGGCCCUCUGGCUUCGCCCAGUGAAGUGUGAAUGGUGUUAGUCAAAAAAGAGAGUGCUGUACACAGCAGUCUCUGCCAUCAGUGUGUGUGAGUGGUGUGAAAGGGUAAAUGUGACAUCCCUUCACCAUUGUUAAACAUCAUUGUGACUCGCUUUAUAAAUACAAACUUACCAGUGGUGCUAGGAAUGUUGUCCAACCCUCUGAAUCUUAACAAAUGCAGUGGUGAGUGAGGGAUUUCACAAUGGUUAGAAAGAGAUGCAUGAUACAAUGAAACAAGGCUCUGUAAACUGGAUGAUUAUAAACAGUAUAUAACCAGAAUCACUCACAGACAGAAAUAAAGCCUAUCAGAAGUUUUAUCUUUGCUUUCCAAGUAAAGCAGAAAUUAUUUCUAAAACAAAAGUUGGCCCUCAAAGUCAAAGUUUGAGCUUUUUAACGAAAUCGAUGAUAUGAUAGUUAUGCAGUUUAUUGAGCCAGGUACUUCUUAGAGGUCUUGUUUCAAUGGGUUUCUUUUGAGAGGUAAAAAUUUCAAAAUCACUGACCGUUGAGUGAACUUCAGUGAGCUUUGAUUUUUGAGCGUGUAAAAGUCGGUUUAAACUCAUCGUAGAUGUUAGCUGUCUGAAGCUCUUGUGCUGCUGUUGUUAUGAGGUAACAUGGGUGUUACCUGUAGACUGUAUUAUCAGCAUAGAAUUGUAGUGUGACCUUGCCCAGGUCAUUCACAAGAAUAGAGAGCAUAACGGGUCCCAAAACAGAGCCCUGGAAGACACCUCAGUUAUCUUCAGAAAAUAUAAGGAGAAUGAUGCACUGAGUUCCAUUCGCAAAAUAAUAAAUCAAUAAACCAGCACUUCCAUGUUUGUUUAGCUGUUAUUGAUGGUCACAAGAAAACCAUUAUUGUUCUCUUUUGACUUUUCUACCACCACUAAACUAUUUCUCUUUUGAUGAGGUUAAAGUUGGGGUUGACUUUGUAGCCACGAUCACUCCAUGUUCUGCUUUUUAAUGCAGCCUCUCAGGUGUCAUCAUUGUUGUUGUUUAGAGCAUUGGUCUGAGAUACUGUCAUUCUCAUGCUGCACCUUGAGUAACUUAAUAGUUGAAAGCAGAUGUGGUUGAUAAACAAAGUCUAAAUGGUGUGACUUCUGAGUAUGUUUGGCUGGCUUUGGCAAAGUCUCUUUUCAAAAGAGUCUUGAUUCAUCUUCAUGUUGUUUCUUCUCCUUUUGAGAUUGCAGGACAAUAAAGUUUCCUGUUUUCAUUUCCUAUUCUGUCAAAUCUCAGACCAUCUCAAAGAGCUUAAAAAGAAGCUCACAUGCUGAGGUGUAGUUGCUCAUCUCCCUCUCUUUCUUUCUUUCACUCUCUCCCAGCUCGUGGUCUCCCGAACUGGAGUGCUCACACAUUUGGGCUAAUGAUUUUGAAUAGUGAUUAAAAUGAAUUGUAGAGUGCCCUGCUUCUGUAGUAUCCAGACCCCUCCAUCAUUAGCGCUUCUCUUCCUCUCUCUGCCUUUUUUCCUCUCUCUGUAUCAUCAGUGUUAGCCGAGCGGGGCUUUCAGACAAGGCCCGGGGUGGGCUUUCAUGAGCACAGACUCAAAGAUUUCCCCACUUCUUGUAAUCAUGGACACCACUCUUCGAGCACUUUCACUGUCGUCUUCUGGCUCCUCAAAGGUGCCUUUGAUUCCCUCACAUCCUACACCCGGGCCGGAUAGUGUCACAUUAUAUUUUUCCUCUCUGCUUUUUAACUCCCCCACCAACCCCUCUCUUCACGUCCUCUUCCCUUCUCUCUUCUCCGGCUUUUUAGACCCAAGCUCAUCAGUCUGUGUUCAUAUUUAUUGUCCUCAGACUGAGAGCUGAUUUAGCACUCUUCUCUUUGGGGCCGCUUAAAUCCAGGACCCUUCCCCUUUGCUUCGGCAUUCAUUUCCCCUUUCCCCCUGCUUUGCCUUGAUCCACCUUUUUCAUAAUCGGCUCCCUCUCUUUGUUUUUUCUCUUCUUCUGUUUUAAAUGAAUAAUGCAGAAGAGAGAAAAUGGGGAUUAAAGAGGAGCUAAAGCCAGUGCCGACUUCAGUGGUGCACAGCUCCACACCGUCUCUCACAGGACCAUGAACACAUCAGGGCUAACAAGUUUCUUUUUUUCCCUCUUCAGCAUUAUUCCUCAGUACUGUAUCUGUCCCACUCUGUCCUACUCCAUCCCUGCUGAGCUGUCCUCACAUAUGCAUCCACCUGCUCAGUUUUGCCCCACUCAAGUGAAGAUUUGCUCUUUCAUAUCUACAUUGAAAACCGUUUUCCUAAAAGCCAGCUUGAGCAAAGCUACUUCUCAAAUUAGUUGUUCAAAAUAGGAAACUGGAACAAAUCAGGGACACAGUCGAUCAACAAACAAGCUACAAAGAAAAAGAGAUAAAAGAAUUUUCCCUAUGGGGGGCACUUUCACAACCUUACUGUAAAAAAAGACAGAAUGACUGCAAGUCCAAGGACUGAGUGCAAUUGCUGGAUUUGAACCACAGCAGUCUGAUCUUUCACAUUGGACUCAGCUACUGAUGACUUUUUUGACUUGAACUCAUACUGAGUGCACUUCGCCUCACUGGGAAUGGUCCCAGCUGUGCCUGCUGUUAUCAUUUGUGACCAUGUGAAAAUUUGUGGAGCAGUGAGCAUUGCCAAGUAAAGCACUUCCAUCCACUUUCCUCUACAAUCAAAAUAUCUGUGGGAAGAGUGGACAUCACAAACAAACAGAAAAAAUAUAUACACGGAAUAUCAAAAAGUCCUUACAGAGGAACUGAACAACACCAUCAUAAUUAUAAAAACAGAACUAUUGAAAAGGGUUUUAGUCUCUAAUAACUGUCAUUAAAAAGCAGCAAAAUCGUUGACAUAUUUGGAGAGAAUCCCCUAAUUUCACAGGAUUGAACAGCACUGACAGCCCAGAGCUGACAGCCUCAUUUGCAUAAAACUCGAGAGCAAUCAGCACCCGCAGAGCAAGAUGCUGGUUAUGUAUUGUGGGCUGUGUCAAGUUAAGCAGACACAGCCUCAAAUAAUCUUUAUCCCAACUGUGCUUGUUUACAUCCAGAUAGUAGGGUGUUGGAGCAUUAUUAGCCAGAGCGGUGCGGCUUAGCCUCAUCAUAUAACACACAUUUUAGGACUACAGUAAAAAAAACAAAAACAAAUUUUAAACCAAUCAAUGGCUAAUAGAUUAGGGCGGGAGAAAAAAAAUUAUACGGCAUGGUAUCGCAAUAUUUUGUCUGGUUAUUUAUUGUAUCGUCUCAUUAACCAAGUAUUGAUUUUUUAAAAUUGUCGUUAAUAUGAAGUCAAAUCUAUGAUAAUGGUAGAAUAAAAUCAACCGGUUGUCCAGUGAGGUUGGUUAGAGCAAGAGGAAGUUAGUGCAACAAAGACAGCAUAAAUUGGACAAACAUAAUGGAAAGCCGAAUGCUAAAUUAGAUAAACAGUUGAAAAAAUGGUAUAAAUCGCAAUAUACUGUAUUGCAAUACUCAUUGUGUUGCAAAAUGUUAAUAAUCGCAAUAAUAUCUUAUUGUGGCCUAAGUAUCGUGAUAAUAUCGUAUCAUGGCCCAAGUAUUGUGAUAAUAUCGUACCGUGGCCCAAGUAUCGUGAUAAUAUUGUAUCGCAAUAAAAUCGUGUUGUGGCCCAAGUAUCGUGAUAAUAUCGUAUUGUGAUAAUAUCGCAUCGUAGCCCAAGUAUCAUGAUUAUAUUGUAUUGUGAUAAUAUCGUAUCGUGGCCCAAGUAUCGUGAUAAUAAUGUAUCGUGGGGCCACUAGUGAUCCCCCCUAUAAUAGAUUAUGUCCGGCUUUAUUUUGGACUAAUUGAAUGCAAAGAGAGCUCACUGCUGUGAAUAAAAAGAUUGCACAAAAUAUACAACACAGUUCAAAGUUUUAAUGCACAAUUAUUCAACAAGCAGCAAAGUACCUCACAGUAGAGUUACUGUUACUACCAUUUGGAGUAUUGAUAGGAGCCAACAUACCAUGGUCUUUAAAGGGCCUUACAGUGACGCCUAUCCCUAACUUUUAUUCUUGCUGAGCGCAAAACUCGUAAUCAAAUGCAAGAAAAAUGGAUGAUUACACAUUUGUCACAGGAACAAUACAUAAAAAAAAAGAAAAGAACCAACAGAUUUGAGAUGAGUAUGACUGAAGGUGAGAGAUGGAUAUGUGUCUGAAGUAAGUGGAAGGAAAAAAUCAAAUUAACAAAUGAGAAGUGUGCUGGAAAUGUGAGAACAAAGAAGACUGCUGAAUAGUUAAUAUCCUUUUCUUUCCUCCUCUUGUUCUGCCUUAUUGUCUCUCCCUUCCCUCCUGUACCGUAUAAUUACCUACGUGUGAUUGGGCCUGCUGUGAGAAUGUCAGCCUGCAGUCUCACAUUAGAUGGAACACAGUCAGAAAACUGGGUUUGUUUACACUGACUGGUUGGUGGUCUGGGUGGGGGAUUUUUUUUCCUCUUUUCCCUAACAGAAAAACAACCAUCAGUUUGUCAGGGAGAUAAAUGCUUCUCUUGCUAGCACGCAUUCUGAGGAUUGUGCAAAUUUUUUUAGUAGCGGAGAAAUAAUCCGUUACACCUGACAGGCUGACUGUUACGGACGUGGUGAGGGUGGUUGUGGAUACUUAAUCAACUUUUUUUUGUUUGUUUUAAGUGAUGAGAUGCCACCAAACGCGCUAAAUUAUGAGCCUGUGUGAGAAAAAUGAGCCUGAAAAUCUGUAUAUUAUGAAUGGAGGUACACACUGAGCAUAUUGUGUAUCCACUCUAUUUGCUUGUGAUGAUUCUUAACCAGCCAACCAAAUAUGAGCCUGCUCUGUUGUAUAUUUGAAGCUCUCUCAGGCCAAAGCUCUGAACGAGUUACUAGCAUGUGUCUAUGAAUAAUUGGGGGAUUUAGCUUUUAGCCACUACACCCCCACUGUUGCUAAAACCUAGACAGUUAGUCAGCCAACAUUUGUUGUUCCCAUGACAGAACGGCAGGCAGACUGGUACCUGUAAUUUUCACUCCUGUUUGUGCUUUCACUAGUGAAGGAUUCGUCCGUGCUCUGGGAUGUGGGAGCUGGACCUUUUGUGGAUGAGAGACAAUCAAAGAAACAGGGGAGCUGGGUUUAUGCAGUGAGAGAUUUAGUAGAUUUAAGGUUCACAUGAUGAAAGUUAAAAUCAAUCUCUGUGUUUGAUUCCUCCAGUCGCUAAGGCAAGGUUCUGCUUUGAUUGGUUGCACAUAACUUGAACUGUGCGAGCGGAAGCCUCGAGAGUGUGACCCUGCCUCGUUUGAUUGAGUUAGCGCCGUUAAUUGUGCUGUUUCCUGGCGUGUGUUAAUCUGACGUGGCAGUCUUAAUUGAUCCCGUUAACGUGAGAUGUGGGAGGGUAAAACAACGUCAGGGAGCUCUGAUGCCCCCUGGUUAUUUUGACACGUAGACAGUCAGAAACACAAGAGGGUUAGGGAGAGGAGCGAGGGUGCCAGCACCAAUCUAACAAAACAUGAGGCUGAAGUGCAAAGAAUCACAGCGAGAGGCGGGGAGGGCGCCCGGGUGGAUGACUUGUUGUGUCCCCUGUGAUACUGAAAUCAAAAUGCCACAACAUCCAGCCAGUCAGCCGUCUAGUCAUCCUCACUAAUAGGCUCUAGCUCCAUGUGGUUAAGAAAAUCCCCAUGCAGAUUAAGUCUUGAUAAGACUUGAGGUGAAAUAAAAGCAUAUCUGCUGCAGAUAUGAAAGGCUAGCAUGUAUCCUUGUAUGUAGGGCUCUCUAGACAGAGCUUAAAAUCAGCACUGGUGCUCCCGACUCUUAAAACUUCACAGCACUAUAAAAAAAAUCAAGAGGAAUCCAUCAAAAAAAAAAAAGUGCUUCACAACUAAAAUAUACUGCAAAUGCGGUGAUACCUGCACCCCUGUCCUGCAGGUUUUACAGUGAACACGGUGUGUUGCCAUAUUCGAAAUGAAGCCAUUUAAAGUUUCUUCCAAAAUUGCAAAGCCUCUUUGCUGUUGGUGUAUUUAUCACAUCAGCAUCGGCAUCACCAACUCAAGGAGAUACAUUUUCUGUAAUGUUAGUGGCCUACAAAAGAAAUCCCUCAGGGUUGUCUCCUUCUUUCUUCAGCUCUUCUGAUUUCAUGCUCGGUAGCUCUCUUUCAUGUAAAAAUAAAGCAGAGUAAAAGGGAGUGAUUGAAGGCUAUUCCCUUUUUCCAGCUGACAUUGGUUAUGAAAGUGUCUGAUUGAACGUAAUGGUGGCCCAUCAUCGGUAAUGUCUGCUCAGAAGUGCACAAUACUCAUGACUGAUGUUAAAACACUGCGUCUCUUCGCAGGCACUUAUAGUCAGGUCAUAGUAACAGCAAAUGCUUCAUAGAAGAAUAACAAAGAAGCACACAAAAAUUUGCUCUUGCAUACUUAUUUACAAAAAUAGUUUAAGGUUGAACAGGUUAGAAUUUAAGUGCAUUUACAACCAAAAUGUGGUUUUAUCCACAAUUCCAUCUUUGAGACAAGAGUUUGGAUUUUACAGAAUUCAUAACCAUUUCUGACUUCAAGCAAUGAUCCUCUUAAUUGGGUUCAUGAAGUUAAAAACAAGAUCCAAACGAUUCAGUAUUUGGUAUUUAACAAUGUUUUUGUAGUCUUCUUUUUGGCCUCAAGCAGUCAGUGCUUUUUUAUUUUUUUUUUGUAAAUAUAGCUUUUUUUUUUACAUUUGAAUUGAUUUAAACUUGUUUGAAUGUUGAUUUCGGGGAGAAAAAAAAAAGUAUUCCCAAUACAAAUGUAAUCCCAGGAGAAACAGUGUUGUGCAAACACUUAUUUUAAUGAUCUUCAAAGCUUACACGAAGGCCAGUGAACACCCGCAAAAAGCUGAACUCAUCUAAAAUAAACAACCACAGUGUAUGCAAAAUACACGCCUUUUAUGCACACACUUAUACAUGCCUGCAUGCAUACACAAAAUAAGACCCCCGACUCACAUACAAACAUGCACACAGUGUACCAUGCAUGUCUAUGUAUAUCUUUGGCAGAUGUCUAAUUAGCAUCAUUAGCCUUUAGUGAAUGGGACUGAGGACACGAGCAGAGAGACGGCUCCUCAGUGCCAUUCUCCUCUCUAUUAUACCAGGGGAUUUUUAAUUGGCCAGGGAGGCAACAGAGACUAGAGACAGUUAGUAAUACACAAAUGACAGACUGACAGGCCUGCAGACAGACGGACUUCACUCUAGUGGAAAAACAUGCAAAUGUCCCACUGUGAAGUCUGUUGUGUCCCUUUCCCUUUGUGCACCACUUCACUGUGUUUAUGUCCAUUUGUGUGUACACACAUGUACAAUAUUCAUGUAAAUGAGACAGUUUUCAAUAGAUAGUGGAUAAGUCCUAAAUAUCCACUCUAUGAUUGGGAUUAGAAGACCGGGAGUAGUCAUUUCUACUUAUAUUUCUUACUGACUUUACCAAAGUCAAGACUAUUUUAAAAUGAAGCUCCAGCAUUUUCAAGGUUUUUGGCUGUUAAUGUUUCCCAGCAUCAGAGAUGUCCUUUUUCUCCAUAAGGAUAUGGAUUGAGUGUGUGUGCACCAGCAGAUAUCCAUAUCUGCUUAAAUACAAACAACACUAGGAAUAUAUGUGGUUACAUUUCGUCCAUUUAUUAAUCCUCAUUGCAAACUAGAUCUUUUCAUGCUUACAGUGCCCUUCAUACAGGCUGCAGAUUUAACAAAUCAAUGUUUCAAGCUUUCAUGUAACAUCCUUUAUGAAUUCAAGACUUUAAUUUUAAAAUUUAGAUUUAGAACAUUGUUUCUCACAUUUUAGCCCAGCAAUCUUUAGCUUGUCCACACUUACGCACCCUCAUGGUAGCCACAGCCUAUUUCUCUUAAUGCUCAAUCUCUCAUUUGGCUUUUCAGACACUUAAAUCUGCCUCCUCCUGCUCCUCUCCCUGCUCUCCACUUUUCGCUGUUGAGAGGAGCGGCUGCCUGAUAGUUUUACCAUUGUUGUUCAACAUGUCCAAGAUACAGCGGUCUACCGUUACUGAGCAGGAGCCACAAUUUCCUGGUGCUCCAAAACUUUGUUUUUGCUGUUAUGGGGAAUUUUGUUUAGGAUGUUACCAGGACAACAAUAUUAUUCAGUCUCAAUUAUCAAGUUUUCGUGAUCAAAUCCUAAUUGAAAUUGAAAUCCAAUUAAUCGUCCAUCCCUAUGCAAUAAAUGAUUUCGCAUACAUGUAACAACUCAUUGAGGAUGAAUCCAAAACUACUCUUAUGUAUGUUUUAUAUUCUGUGUUAAUUAAAAGUGAUUGGUGUUAAUUGUUAGACUAUGUAACCAUAUUAUUUGCAUUACUAGACAAUCAUAGAGCAUCUGUCAAAACCAGAUUUCUUCCCACAUGCAUAAGCUGAGUGGAGGCUCUGAAUUCAUAAGCUAAUUGCAUGUGUGAGUAUAAUUUUUGCAUCAUACUUAUUUUUCAAAGAUUGGUGUAAAUUAUUCAUUCAGGUAACAUCUCACAUUAUGGCGCUGUCUGUUUUUUAAGUACAGAAAUAAGCCGAGCAACUAGUGGUGGACUUUCUUAUGCAAUUAGCUUGCUUCUAGGCUGCAUGCCAGAACAUGCAAUUAAACAACACCGUGGCAUACACCCAUACCCAGCACACUCACCUCUGUGUGACCUAUAUUUUCUCAGAAAAGAGAGAAGGACGUGGAGCUGCUUAAAUGCUGGUCUAACCAGUAAUUCCCAGGAAAGAUCUCUUGGAGGGAUGCCAAAGAAAUACAGAAUGGUAUUACCUUGGCUUUGUUCAGAUUAAUAUCACUGCCUGCUGAAGCUUUGCCAUGCAGCAACUUGAGAGGGACCGAAACAAAGAGUGUCAAAUCCACAGGAAUGACGUAGGAUCCAGUUCUGCUGAAACAGGACACUCAGGCAGCAACAAGCUCUCCAUAUAUCUGGUUCUGAACAACAGAGAGCAGCGAUCCAGUUGAUUGAGGUCAUUCUUUGGUGUCGUGAAAUAUUAGCAGGGGAAAGAAAUUCAUGUUUAGCGUUUUGUAUGAUGAUCAACGAGGAGCUCUCACUAAUCAGUACCUAAAUCUUGUGUGUUUGAUUCUCAGAGGUGCGAAGGAUCGAGUGCCUGACACCAUGGACAUGGACACACAGCCGCAGGGACAGCAAGCAGCCGUGCCCGUCUUUCAACCCCAGGUAAAAACACACACUCACACAUGAACACUGACCCAGCUGCUGGAUCGGAUUGUGAAGCAAAAUGCCAUAAGUGGGAUAUUUUUAAAAAAGUGUAAAGAUCAUCAUUUACAUCAUUGAUUUGCCUUUUUUUGGUUCUUUUGCUAUUACCAGUGUGUUGAUUUUAUGCUUUGUGUUGUAUUGAAACUUCUUAUGAUGCCAUCUUUAUCAGAAACACUCAAACAGAAACAUCCAGGAAUCCUUGACAAAUAAAGGAAAAUUAAAAGUGAAUGAAAUAAAAUCAACAAAAGACAAGAAAUAACUGAACAUCAAACACUGGAGUGAGAAAUACAGCUUGUUUUUAUUUUAACCUUACAUCUACAUGUUAUUUGACUGGCCAAAACUGUGUACUCUUAAUCUAUUUAUACAUUAUUCAGCAUGAUUUCUGUAUAAAACUGGAAACACCACUAUAACAAGUGAAGUAUUGUUGAUAAAACUAUGAGUGAAUUGAAGAUGGUACCAGGAUAGAAGACGUGGCCGAGGAUUUGCAUUUCAGUUUGUCCUUUACUGCAUGAUUAGUGCAGCGAUUUAGUUAAACGUUUUAUGGAUUUUGAAGUUACAAACAGUUUCCCUGAAGAUCCAUUUGUAAAGAGAAGCUUUUAAAUAAUUAAUGACAAUACAUCACAUUCAUUUGUUCUUCCAUUCGAAGCAAUAGCCGCCCUCUUCCUUGGAAUCUGAACUUGUAAAUAAUCCUGUAUCACCUUGUUUUCCCGUGUCAGUCAAAAUGUGCAAGUCUGAACCGCCUUCAGACCGGUGCAGCUUGUGUGUGAGAUAGACAGCAGAGGAUGAAUGUUGAGUUGUUUCUAUUGAUCAGAGCUCUGGAGGCUGACAGAGCCUGGCCUCCCUGCAUGCCUCUCUUGGUUCGAUACACCUCAGGUUUGCUGCGCGCAGAUCUGUGGUCACUGUUGGAUUUGAAUACCGCCCUCCAACAUCAGGCCCAUUGAUUUCUUUCCAGAAGGAUGUUUUUGCCUCCAUAACUAUUGAAUAGACUUUAAACAAAGAGGAUCAUCCAUAUGCCCCAGAGUAAAUUUGGAUUCUUUUUUUAUUGAAGGCAUAACACUAAAAAUAGGUCUGUUCUUUCAGUUGUUGUUUUCCUCGUGUAUGCAAGGGCACUGCAGCAUUCACAUUGGAAUUGCCAAGGGGGUUAAUUUAUCCUAAGAUGUGUAAUUGCAAAAUUAAAGAUAAUUGGGUUGCCCACAGAAGAAAGUCAGAUAAAAGCUCUAAUGAUUAAUUUCACUUAGGCAACACCCCCCCACGCAAACACACACAGACACUAGAUCUUCCACCCUUCUCCCAACAGUUGAUUGUGUGUUAUUGUUGAGGCUUAAUGAUUCCCUCCUCUGUUUUUCAGUCUAUUUCCAGCAGUUUACAUCAGUGUUAAUUCCAGACCCACUCUCUCUUGCGUAGUCUAUUGGUAGCACAGUGAACUUUCCAUGUUGCGUCAGGUUUUCUCGAUCUCACAGAGAAUGUCUGAGCUGAUUUCACAUUUAGUGGGAGAUGGAGAGAGUCAGUAAGAGUAUGAAGAUAGCUGUCUAACCAGCAUCCAGAUGGAUGUCUUUCAACAAGUCCUGUAUCUUUUUCGCACUUUCCCAAGGUUCAGUCUGCAUGCCAGCUCAGGGAGGGAAAAAAAAAAGCGCCAGCCUUCUCCUGGAGAAAUCUGAAUUGUAUAUCUGAUGAAGGAUGUUCUGUAUCGCUUGCAAUAUCAUUUCUCUUGGUCCCCGAGGUAUGAUGCAUAUGCAUUAGGUAAACGAGAUGAGCUGCUAAGAUGUGCAUUUUUAAUGGUGCAUUUGCUCUUUGAGUGAGUGGGAGGGUUUGCGAGGAGGCCCCCUCAGAUCAGAUUUCGAUAGUCGCUGCAAAGUUUGACAGACGCUGAUCUGUCUGUAAGCGGCGCUGCGGCUGUGGAGCAGAUUGAGAGGAGAGGAACGAGCAGCACCUUUGGGGUGAAUCCUGCCGGUUUGACUGCCUGGCUGGCUCACUGGCUGACUGGCUGGGGAUGAAUAUUGCAUGGUACCCUGCUCAAGGGGGCAGGUGACUGGUGAGGGUGGAAGAGAUAAGCCCCCCCUUGCCUGCCACUUCCCCUCUGUCUCUCCUCGUAUCCCUCUCUAUCUUCCUUUGAGACUACAUCCACAGUAAUCCCACUAACACUGGGCACAUGUGGAAACAAAUUGGUUUUGACACUUUGAGAUUUUAGAUACAUGUAACCAUGGAGAUCCUUGUCCAAAUAAAAUAUGAGACAAUAUCAAAACAAAGCAAACGACAAAAUUCGUUUUCAUCCGGUUUGAGUCAGCAAGCCAUCAGAAGUUCAUCAUAGGGAUAGCAGGAGGGAGGCGAGAGUACAGAUGUCUGCCUGGGUCUGUUUAAGAUUCUGGGACUGCUCAACUGGAAAUAAUUUGUUUUUUAAUUUGAACUUUUUUUUUUGCAAUUCUGCUUCUCAAUAAGCUCAAAAAGUUUUCGUACAAAUGAGAGAUCUGGUAUUCCUGAGGUUACUUUGGAGUGCUGCAAAGAGCUUCAUUUUCAUUUGAAGAUAAUCAGUGAUUCAUUAUAAAACAAUGAAUUACACUGAAGAGCAUUAGUGAUUCACAAAAUUAAAUUUCCUUUUUUUCCGGUGUAACUGCUAACUGGUGUUAACUCUCAACUGUUGAAAUGAUUCGGGCUUAAGUUUUAUGCUUAUUUAUCGUUGUAAACAGUUGUGGAAAGCCAGUCUGAAUGUUGAAUGAUAGAUCAAAACAAGCAAAUCAGUUUGUAAUUAAAACACUGCAACGAAACAGCGAAAAACGUGAAAAACAGAGUAGAAACAGAGCACAGAAAAGUAUCCUUGAUUAGAGAAAAUGUGCUCUUUUUCUUGUUUUGUGAGGUACCAGUUUUCCAUGCUUGGUGUGUUUGCUCAGAGAAAUUAGCCAGUACUUACAUGGCACCAGUACUUUAUAAGUGUAACAAAAGUGCCAGUACUCAUUUUAGUCACUUGUUAGCGUGUGUGUUGUGCAGCAGUAUAACCUUCAAAAAUUCUAUUUGUAAUCAAAGCCGCUACAAAAUACAGCUUAUUUUCACAGUUUACAGCUUAUUUUCACACCAUACAUUUAUGGGGAAACUAUUUUAGUUUGUUAGGUAAAUAAGAAGCUCUGCAUACUGUGCUACUGUCAGUAAGGCUAACUACAAACUAGGGGUGUCCAGAUACAACUUUGUUACCUCUGAUACAAUACAGAUAUUGUAGCCUUCAACACUGGUCGAUACCGAUAUUGAUCUGAUAUUAGCACCGACUUCUGCAUGACAAGUUUUGCACUCAGCUGCAGUGUCUUUUUCGGACUUAACUGAAAAAAUACUGCUACAGGGCCGACAUCAGUCCUACUCCUCAGGAACUUUGUUAGUACGUCAGUACACACUGUUGUUGUGAUCACAUGGGCUCUACAUGCUGGAUCUAGGUGCUGCUAGACAGAGGUGCCGGAGUGGAGUCUGGAUCAGAGUGCUGAUAUCAGAGAUUUUAGAUGCAGGCCGAUAUAAUCCGAUAUGUGAAUUUUAGCUGAUAUCGAAUCGAUAUCCGAUAAUAAUAUUGUAUCGGGAUAGCCCUACUACAAACAGUAGCUUUUUCUUUCAGUAGGUCACUCUUUGGUGAAAACAGACAAGGCAGCCUAAUGUAAUGGCAUGAAAUUUAAAGUGGUGGUACCAUUUACUGAAAUGUGCAAGCUCACUCAAAGCAUUGUAUUUGUGUUUUUACAGUUUAUCAGUCACUGAAGUUCAGACACAGGCUUUUCCUGUCAUCUUUGGCAGUAGUCAUGUGCCAAAUGGGUUCUUUGCUAGAGGAAAUCCAGACCCCACUGCGUGUUGGUCAGUGUGAUAUGAAGUCUAGUUCACCUGACAGAAAACUCAGCCAAUGACCACGCAGGUGUGGUUGAGUCGGUUUUAUCAAGAUUGAGAUAUGGGGAUUCAAUGAUGUGUUUAUGGCCCAGAGACUGGGAGAAUAACUGUGAACCACACCACUGUGGUUGUGUCGCCUCAUUAUAGAGGAGUGGUAUUUUUUCCCAUUCGCACCAAAACAGAUCACCAGAGUGUUUCUGCUUCCUCCUCCAGAGGCUGCUGUAAAAUCACGAUGCUCUGCUUACUUUAGUACGUAACUUGGACAUUGUUCCAAAAAACAGAGAUGUUUUUCUGUUUCUUUUUUGUGGCUGGUUCAGGGUGGACAUGUCCUGAGUUUCUUUCCUUCUCUCUGUUUCUGUUUCUCUCUCUGUCUCUGUUUCUGCAUCCCUUCCUCUUUCUCUCCACGGGAGACGGCACCUCUGUGCCGCCGCUGGCCUUUCUGUGGCAGCCGCUGGCACUGCUGGGCUGUCACAUCACACCUUCUCCCCUCUGUUGCUUGUCUCCCCCCCUCUGUCCCUCUCACUCUCUCUCCCUCUCCCUGUCUUCCACAUUCCCUCCUCAGCUCUCCAUGUGUCUUGUCAGUUGUGUUUGGCAACGGUGUCAUUAUUGGGCAGCCCGUAUCACACUUCCUCCUCCGACGAGCUGUCUGUCUGCCCUCCCUCUGUCUCUCGCUCUCCAUCUUUUCUCUCUUUCAAUCCCCCUGCCAGUGACUUGCCCGUGGCGCUUGUAUGUCACCUUUAUACCCAAGAUGCGCUGUCCCUCACAGAUGUUUCCCACAAUGCCUUGCAUGGCUGCCACUUAAUCCACAUCCCCUGCAGCUUGUCCCCAUCACCAACCAGAGGGAUGAGAGUGAAAAGAGAAAGCACACCACAUGAUACCGCAGAGAAACGUACGUCAAAGUGAAGGAAAUUCACUUUUAAUGUCUACGAGCCAAACACUUACUCUCACCCUUUACACAGAGUACAACCCUGGAUUAAUUCCUAAAUUAUUUCCCUUUUUUUUUCUUUCUGAUGAAUGGACACAUAUACAAACUUCUUUUAUACCUCGCCUACUCCUCAUAUAACUAGACCUCUUAUUUUGAAAAUAAAGCUCGGGUAACCCUUAAUCUAUAAAACACGUGUUUUAAUCCUUACAAACAUUACUCUCCCUAACCUUUCCUCCCAGUGUUGUCCAGACGCUGACCCCUGCGUCACUCAGGGUCAUUACUUUGUGACUUCUCCUCUGAGUGUCUGUGUGCGUGUGUGUGUUGUGCGUCAGCUGGGAGCCCCUGAUUGUGUGACACCCGUGUGCGGCAGAUGAGACGGCCUGUCAGUCAGCCUUGGCCUGGCUGCCCUUUGAAGGCCAGGCCAGGGGGCGAAGAGGUGCCGCAAAUGGCCUGUGAAGUUUACAUACACUGCCCACUGCUAAACAGAUUAGCUCUAAUGAAGUGUCUAAUGCCGGGGCCGCCGGCUGACAUAAUCCUGCCUGGCAGCCCGGCCCCUUGGCUGCCAAAAAAGCCGCCCUCCCUCCAGCCCUCUAUUCCGCCCUCGCAUGGCCUCUGCUGCCACCCAGGGCGACUCCACAUGGGGAGGUGCCCACUGUUAAUCAUGCCGGACAGUGUGCGAUCUGACAUGCAAAUGUAGGUCAUUGCAUAUGUAAAUGUGUGAUUACGGGGCUGGCAUGCCAGGACACAUUAGCAAGACUGUGCUCUCAGCAGGCGGUUGUCACAGCGCUUUAGAGGCUCAUGCUAACAUUUGUCAAGCUACCACGCAGCGAAUGAAAGCAAUGCCCUCUUGUCCUCCCUCUCUCUCUCUUCCUCUCUUUUCAUCCGUCUAUUUUUCAUUCUCUCUCUCUCUCUGUCUAACUGUCCAUCUUUCAUCUGUGCACAAAUGCUUCUGUCACCAUUCAUGACAAUUCAUUGCACAAUCUGGCCACACUUUCAAUGUCAGACACCUUGUAGCUCUUUGUGAUUCCGGUUUGCAUUUAAUCUUAAAAGUUAUUAUUGAAACAUAGACAGAGGUAAGAGUUAACAAAAAAAGAAGUUGAGCAGCUUCUUUAAACCUGCUGUAAUGUUGAGCAAUGGGCUGAAGAGUGGUGUUUUCUGCUCUGUGUCACAGUGACUUUUCAACAGCGCGGGAUAAUGAUGGUGUCAUGCUGAAAAAUACACACACACCUCCACGGUGUUAAGUGUUAAUUGGACAGGGCAUCUAAAUGGUUCUCGCCUGUUUUCUAACUUUCAACUUUCAAAACAAUAAAACGCCGCCACCUACCCACCCAGCCCUACCCAUAUCGAUCAGCUGUGCUUUCCUUCCCUGAACUGUGUUUGUGUUUGUCUUUUGGUUAUCAGCUUAGUUCAGAUCAGUGAUUUUAUUUACCUGACUUGGAAACUCGACGUGCAAACAAUGAGAACAUAAUAAAAUACUCUGAGACUGUAUUAACAGAACACAACAUUGUGAGAAAGCACAGCGUGUGGGACAACUCUGUCCAAUCUUUCCAUUUAAAUUGGUGGUUUUCAGGGCAUCUUUGAUGGAAGUAUCGUUUAAGCCUGCAUAUCUUCAUAAUAAUGUCACACAGAUACAGACAGCUCCCAUACAGUUUCUGUGUUCAACUGAAAAGCUGCAUUAAAGUGACUUCAGACAGACGCUAAUCUAAUUUAAAUCAACGAGGUCGUGGUGACAGCAUGAUGUGACUCAGGUCGCGAGACUGAAAUCGCACAUCCUGCAACGUGACUAUAAUGCAUGUGCACACGUUCAAACCACAUAUAAUUUAGUCCUGGUAAUUACAACUGAGUGAGUGACUAUGGCAACCCAGCUUAUUGACAGCACAGAGAACUUAGUAUGUGCAUGUUUAUUGUUUGCAUUGAAUGAGAUAUAAAGUUUGAAUUUAUAGUUCGCCUCCAGUGCUCAUACAGUAAGUGUGUUUAGUAGGGGGGGGGUCACUAGUGGCCCCACGAUACGAUAUUAUCACGAUACAUGGGUCACAAUACGAUACUAUUGUGAUUUUUAACAUUUCACAAUACAGUGAGUAUUGCGAUGCAGUAUAUUGCGAUUCAUACAAUCUUUUCAACUGUUUAGCUAAUUUAGCAUGUAGCAUUAUAGUUUAUGUUUGUCUUAUUUACACCGUAUUUUAUUUUCAUGCAUCACAUCUUGCAAACCUAACAUAUAUUUGUUGUACUAACUUUCUCCUGCUCUACGGUGUCACUUCUGCCAACCUCACUGGACAAAAAGUUGAUUUUAUUUUUCCAUUAUUAUAGAUUUGACUUCACAUUAGCAAUUAAUUUGAAAAUCCAUACUUGCUAAGUGAGACAAUACGUGUCACCAGACAAAAUAUCGCGAUCCUAUGCUGUAUCAUUUUUUUCUCCCACUCCUAGUAUUUAGCCAACAGAAAAUGAGUUAAUUAUGUUUUGAUCUGAAUUUUUUUUAAGACCAAAACUGUAAGGUGAAGAUGGAGACAGAAUUGCUUUGAACAUGUUGCAUGUUUAAGUGCUCAGGAGAUAAACUUUUGACCUUCUUCCCCUAUUAGUCUUCCCUCUCUCUGUCCUAAGUCGCUUGCCCCAGAGCUGCUCCCAGCGCCACAUUGGCAGAAGCGCUGGUGACAUGUGGCAUUCUGAUAUCUGUCACCUUCUGUUUGCUCCCUCCGUCGCCUGGUACAAGUUUACCAAAAGGCUCGAAAGGUCAAGCAGCCUGCUCCGUGCUUCUUUUCACACUCUCCAUCUGAGGGGGUCGUUUUAGUUUAUUUUUGACUUUUUUUUUUUUUAAUUGUGGAAGGUGAGUGUCCUAGCCUGCGCAGGCAGUCAUGUGGCGAUAAAAUGCGGGAGUGCUACUGUCUGUGGCUUGGUGCCAGACUUUCAUUUAUAGCAUUUGGCAGACAGAGGGAAGAAGAGCGUUUACAAUUCUGGUGAACUCAAAAACAAGUCAGCUGGAGUGAUACAAACACUGUCAUUUUUUUACAAGGAUAUUUUGUUUGUAAUGUUUUUGUAACUCUCUUACUGGAGGUCAGAACUCUGUUUUACAACCUGCGAUGUAGGUAUCAUAAGGUUUAUUGGACCACGUUUAAUUGAUUACCCAAGAGCAUUGAAAUAUAUGUAUAUAUACUUUAACUCGGUUGGAUCAGAAGUUGGAUCAUGGCGCCAGCAGGGCAGCCGCUCACAAAAACACCCGCCAGGCUGUUUAUGAUGCUGUCCUGCUGCAUAUAAAAUGUAAAUCAGGUAACAUGUUGACUUUCCAUUUGCAAGUUCACACUUUGGGAUUAUUGUGAAAAACAUCAGCAGUCCUGAACGUGUCGGUGCUUUUUGGGUAUUAAAAGACAGUCCUCUGUGUAUUGGUUUUAGUGAAGUGAUGAGGUGCUGCACUUAAGCUUGAGCACAUUCCUCAAGACCUCUCACAGCAUGACACAUCAGCCUAUUGCCAGUCAAAUCAUCAGCAGCCUCAAGCUUCCUCUCAGCAAAACAAACUACUGAAGCGGUGUCCUCACCACAGUUUCGCCCACAUCCUUCAGCCCCUAUCCUUUCCCCUGCCAGUCAGGUGGAGGUAGCCACACCUGAUGUUAGUGAUAUGUAUUUGGUUUCUACUACAUGUUUCCUAAUCUUGAGUAAAAAUGUAAACUGUUUUUUUUCCUUCCAGAAACCAUUGCAGCCAGACAUGGGCCACAACUCGCUUGCAAACUUCCAGAUUGAGAAGAAGAUUGGACGUGGACAGUUCAGUGAGGUGUACCGGGCGAGGUACCUCUUAGACAACACGUCAGUGGCUCUGAAGAAAGUCCAGGUAAGAAAGCAAGAUCAACAAAUAAAAUUCCAUUCCAAGACAAGAAACGUGUUUGUAAAAACUUUUCAGACUCCUAUUGAUUUUCCACCAUUAAAGGCCUUAUUUAUCAUUAUUUACUGCUCUGAUUGAUAAGACUGAUUCUCUAUUACUCCCAUAUUUUAGUCAUAGCACUUGCAUUAUGUAUGAAUUUGGCGUGGUUAAGCACAGUGUGCAUGCGCCGAUUUAUCUGCCUUCACAGAAUGACUCAGCUUUUACAGAGAAUGUGCACAUAUAAAGAAACACGCACUUCCAGUGAAAACAGUAUUCGCUGACAUUGCGUACACAUGUACACAGGAGGAAAUGGUCUCAAGGUGAGCAUGUAUACACAUAGAAACACUUUUCGCACACACACAGACAUAAACCUUAAACAAGGACAUGUGUGUCUUACUCAGAUGUGAAACACCUGUAGUCACUCCAACGCCACCCCUCCAGAUAACAGCAACCAUGUUUUCUGUUUAGUAUUUUUUUCCUGUUUUGAGCUGUUUCUCAAUCUUCCCAUUUCUUGAAUUUGUCAUAACACCCUCUCUCUCUCUCCCCUCUCCCCUCUUUCUCUCUCUCUCUCUCCUUUUGAUCUCUUGAUAGAUAUUCGACUUGAUGGAUGCCAAAGCUCGGCAAGAUUGCAUCAAAGAGAUAGAUCUCCUUAAGGUAAAGAACCAGAGAGGGAGAGACGGCGUCAUGUGCUGCGUUCUUUUCUCUUAAGGUGCCUCAGCUGAGACCUUCCACCACAGGAAAACAAUUGAUCUGCACCAGACGGCUUUGGAUUUGUGUGUUGGUGUAUGGGCACAUGCACGCCUGUGCAUGCCUCUUUGCAUGGAUAUGAAUGUGCAGGGGGUUGUUUGAGUGUUUUGUGCGCACAAGAGAGAAUAUGAAUGAGUUUGUGUGUGUGGCUGCACAGUAGAUGUGUAUUAUGGACUCCUUCUAUUCCUGGGCUUGUGUGUGUGUGUGUGUAUUUGUGAGUGUGCAGGGUACACCAGUGUUACAUCCCCCCAGGCUCACAUUGACUCUCUUUUUUGAAUGCCAAAGCUAUUGUUUUUAUCUUUUUUGUAAUGUUUAGAGCCGGUCUUCAGUGCAUCAGCAUGGAAAUUUAGCUGUCUCCCACAUGCGUCUCUUGAUGUUUUACCUCCCCUCUUUCCUCAUUUUUACCUUUUUUUUUCUAGUGGUGUGGUUUCUUUUCUCAAAAUAGCUAAACAUGUGUCAGCUGGGUUUCUUUUAAAUACUAAUGAACAGUCUAAUGGCGGCUCCAAUCUUUGCCCCUGCAAUGCCUCACAUGUGUGUCAAAAUUGUGUAUGAUUGUGGUUUGUGCAAUCAUGCAGUCCUAGUCCUGUCUCUCUACAUGGAUGAGGCCUGCCUGCAGUUUUGUGCACAUACCGUAUGAACGCUCACAUGUACACAUAAAGAAAAGAAAACAAACCCAAUUAGUUUGUUCAAGUGGAGCUCUUCGGGCUCUGCUGGCCAAUCAAAAAUAACGAUACUCAGAUGCAGACGAGACCCAGUAGACAGCUGUAAUUUGAGCAGCAGAUUGCUGACAUAACGGCACAAUACAGUGAUAUUUGCCUUGAUCUGUAUCUUUGACCUCCUUAAAGGGGUCAGGCCUGGGUUAAAUGUCACACUUCUUCACGGUGUACUUGACAAUACUUCCUCUUUUGAAUUUCAUCUUUUCUGUUUGGAUUGUCCUCUGCCACAUUUCUACCCUCCUCUUUCUUUCUUUUUCUUCUUCCCCUCUCUUUUUAUCUGUACCUUAUGCACCCAGAUGUCAUGUUUCUUUCCACUUACUCUUUCCAGUCUUCCCCCUCAAAGCUUUUUGUUCACUUCCUUUCAUCCUGUAAACUGAUUGCAAGUGAACAUGGAAGUUAUGCCGGGCCCUGCGCUGCCCAGCCAGCCUGAUAAUAACGGGCUGAGUGUGAGAGAGAGACAGCCCCUCUGCCUUAUCCCCCACUAGACAGGCCAACAGGAGGCACAGCCAAAUCAGAAUAAUGAGAGGCACACUGGCAUGGACCGACUGGAAUGACACACAUACUGGCGCAUGAUCACACACUCACUCACUCACGCACACACACACAUACACUUACUCAGUCAUGGCCUUUCAACAGUCUGCCUAUUUGUUUGUUUGUCUGUACGUGUUUGUGUCUGCUCAUUCAUCUGUAUUUUCCUGUUCUGGCAUGAUGAUUUCAACUUGAGAAAUCUUCCUCCUCUCUUUCUCUCUCUCCUUCUCUCUUUCUCCGCCUCUUUGUCUAAAUGUUGGUUUCAGGAAAUAGCCAGCUCCCUGACAGUUUGCUGCUUUCACCGCUGUUGAAACCCCACAGCUGUGUGUGUCUCUCUUGCUUGUGGUUACUAUCAAAGCUAGGCUGUCACCUGAAGACUUAUGAUCUGCCUUAUAGGGGCAAAGUGUUUACAUUUUUGUGUUUUGUUGGGUUUGUUUGUCUAUAGGAGUGCAUUUUUGCGUCUGUGUGUAUCACAGUGUGUGUAUCUGGGCUCUGUAUCUGAUCAGAUUCUGACUGCAGUGAAGUGUUAGACACAUGAUAUUGGGCAUUUUCUUAUCCUGGUAGAUAGAGAUCAUCAGUUACGUAGUUGCAAGAUUAGUAUGUAUAUAAUACCGCUCCAGAGGGACAAACAAAGAACUUCAUAACUACUUAUUUUAUUAUCAAGUCAACUAAAAACCAUAGACAUAUCAUGCAACACAAGGCUUAAUAUCAACUGGACGGGUUUUCAAAGCUGUUUUUAGCUCCUUCUCUUUAUAACUUUAGUUCUCAGUCCUACCAGUUGCUUCCCAAUGAGCCUGUACUUCUAUUUAUAAAUACACUGUAACCCAAUUUAUUAUCAUGCUUAAUUUAAUACCAUCAGAUAGCAUCCGUCAGUAUCUUGUUCUCUUUUGAAACAGAUCAUCAGCUAACUAAAUAUAUCACAUUGGUUCUUGCAUGAUUAAGUAAUUACACAGGCUGGUGUGUAAUUACAUAAUCACGCAAGCCUCUAUGUGAUAUUUCCCAAUGAAUGAUUGUUGUUUUGCAGUUAGGCUCCCAUCCAUCAUUUAUAUAAACAUCUGCAUGUGAGCAUAUCUCUUUAUUUCUCUGUAUCCUCCGCCUGAGGUUCAAUUUGUGCAGGGUGGGGGGGUGUGGGGGUAUGUAGGGGGGGCUUGUCAUCACUCUCUGGCUGUGCAACAGUGUGGAGCCGAGCAGAUCUGCCACUCCGAGCCAAAAAUACAUCUGGCGAGAGGGGACAAGAGAGGGAGAGGGAAAGAUGGAGACGUGAGGAAGGGAAAGGGAGAACGAGGGAGGAUGAGGGGAGAUUGUGGAAGGAUGGAGAGAUGGAGUGGAGAGUGUAGUGUUGCGUAGUGUACUGUACUGCGCUCUCCUUUCCCCCUCUUCUCGGCAUCAUCCAGAGCAUGAACAUUUCUUUAAUCACAGCAGAGAAAGCAGAGCGAAGCUGAGUGGAGGACGCGUGUCACACUGCUCCGUCUGCUCGCAUCACCCCCUCCCUUCGACAUUGCCACACCACACAGCUUUAUGACUCCAGCUCCUCGUACCAUUUUUCCUGUUACCCCCCCUUUCUCCAACUCACCUUAGCGGUCCCUUUUUUUUCCUUCCUCACCUUUGUUCUCCUCCCCUUCCUUUCACCCUUGUCUCCAUCAUUCCUUUUGCUUGUCUGUGUCACUGUGUCAUUUGUUUCUUUCCCUUCAUUGCGCCUCCCUCCCUCCCUCCCUUCCUCCCUCCUCCCUCUCCCCAUCUUGCUCUGGAUGGAUAGAGACUUUUUGUUUACUACGGGGAAUGCUGUUCCUGCCUUAUUGACCAACCAACAGGAAGAAAUCUCAGCCAGAGAUGAGCCUGGGAUGCUUGUUUUUCUGACUGCCAGCCAUGUCAGCCUGUCAGGCGUGUUUUUGUGUGAGUGUGCGAGCUUGUGUGUGUUUGUGUCACACAUGGGUUGUUGUCAUCACAGACAGAGGGGUUGUUGUGACAUAUCACCCAGCUUUGUCACACUGGAGGACAAAACCAUCUCAUUAGGUCCACACUUACCAAAUGUGGAUUCAGAUAUUUUUUUUAAUUGGUGGUGAAAGUAUAGGGGAUUGCACGACUAAUGACAUGAAUUUCUGCUAUUAUCAGCCAAAAAGGUUGUAUAUAUUAAUUAUUUUUUUUAACAAGUUUCUUUCUUUGUGGAGCUUCUGUAAGGAAUUAGGCAGUGUGACCAUGGAGGGUCUCAAUGUGACAAGUGCCACCAGCAUGUCCUCUGUUUGCUUCUCUCUCUGUGACAUGUCUGUUUUUUUUCCCUCCCACAGCAAUUGAACCACCCCAACGUGAUAAAAUACCACGCAUCUUUUAUCGAGGACAAUGAGCUAAACAUAGUCCUGGAGCUGGCAGAUGCGGGGGACCUCUCACGUAUGAUCAAGGUAAGGAGCUCUCCACAACAGCAGACACUGUCAGCCGGUGGUGUUGUCCAAGCUGCUGAAUGUGCACUUUAUUUGUUUAUAUGGUCAAGAAGUUUUCUGAAAACAUGUCAACCAAAACAGCCUUUAAAGGACGGACUAGAAAACAGAAAAAUACAGAGUCUCCAGCCUCUUCACACGCUUUAACUCCUGACCUUUCUACGUCAAUUCAAGAUAUUCAGGUCCUGAAGAUCUUGGGGAUCUUUCUGGUCACAUAUGCACCACAUGAGAGAUUUUCUCUAUCACUACAAUCUCACAACUUGAAAUAGUUUACUUAAGUGCAGGAGAGAGACUAGGCUACCCAUGAGUAGGAGUUUAACAGUGUACAAAAAUGAAGUUUGGUUGCUGUUCUCCGUUUUGGAGUCAUUUUUAUUUUCUUUGAGUAGGAAUUUGAAGAACUUUGACACAUAGUUGAAAGUGCAGCACCUACACUUCAGUUUAUUUCUGAAUGAAACCAAUUUAAAAAUCAUUUGGCCUGCAAAAAUAAAUAACUAAAUUAAUAACAGGGUCUGAAAUUAACACCCACUAGAGUUUCAGAGGGCAAUUCAUCAUAUAAUGGGCAAGUAUUAUUUCCAAAGUAGUAAUGUUAUUAAAAUGAACGAUGAUAAAUUUUUGUUACAUAUGGCUGCAGCUUCUCUCUUUUCAGUUCCUCUGCUGUCUGCAUGCCAGGGCUUCACAGGGACAGGCUGACAUACAAACAUAAGAGCUCACAGAAACACUGAAUGGCACUGUCUACUGCACUGCACAUUAGCUUCUCUGCUGGAACAGGGUUUUUGGGAUAACACCUGUAUAGCAUGGUGACUAACUAAGGGCACAUUUUAGCUUUAAUAUCCAUGUCCAGACAAGAUAUGUAGUUUUCCCCAAGAAAUGAUGAGUGUACUCACUGUAUCAGGCACAGACCUACAAUCACAGGUAACCACUGUUUGUGUUCACAGCACAAAACUCAUCACAGAUCUAAAAGCCCUCCAACAACUCAGUUUGUUUUCAGGUGAUUUGUGCUAAAAGUUCAUGUACUGAAAGUGACCUACUGUACAUGACUGGCUAAGUAGCUGUGUGUGAUGUGUUCCCAUUUUCUGUUCUUUGUGGGGACCUUGGAUUUGAAUUACCUCUAGUUCUUAGCCGAGCUGUUUGGGUCUGCACCAAAAUCAAAGUGUGUUUUGAGAGAGUUCAGUAUAAAUACAUGAACCUUUGCACUCCUGUCUGUUAGAGUGAAGGAGUCAUCUUCUGUAAAGUUUCUGUGUUUGUGUCACUUCAGUAUUUAAAAGGAUGUUUCUGCAAGACAAACACAGCUGUCCAGUCCAGAGAAACUCUGCAGAAUAUAAAAGACCUGCUCAGCCUCUGGCUGUGAAUUAUCCUGACUUUUACCUGCUGUAGUCACACAUCUGCUCACCCCAGCUUCUUGUGGGUAUUUUAUUUGGAGAAUGGAAAGAAAGAAAAUCAUCAUUUUUUGUGGGGUGAAUUUUUGGAACAGGAAAAAAAGCACGAAAAAAAGUUGACAUUUGUUUAGCCUACUUAGACAAUGUCUGGGAAUUUUCAGGAGUGUAGCGCAUGUGUAAAAGGGGCUUUAUCAGAUACUCUUGAUACAGUAUCAGUAUAAGUUAGUUCAAAACCAUACCUCACACUUGUUACCACAGGAAUGCUAUCAUGGAGCAGCAAAGUGCUGACGUCGUCUCUUAUAACUGAAGGAAUGGUGGGCAGGAGGUCUGUGGUUUGUGGCUGUGACUACCUGGACACUGAGUCAGUCUGAAUCACCCAUCCCUCACUGAAACCAAAAACCCACCAAUAUAAGUCCUCCUGCAAACUUCCUUUAAUCCCAAUGGUCUGUGUUGACAUGCCUGGACUGUGAAAAGGGAAGUUGUAAAAAAUGAAGCAAUGAUUAAUGGUCAUAAAGCUGCAGCAUGUGUUGCAUGCAGGGGGUAUGUGAAGCAGACACUGAGCACAAUUUUUCUGGCUUUUCUCUUGUCGUCUGGAUAUCAAAAACUUGAGGUGAGCUAUUUCAACAGACACUGUUAUCUUUUGGUUAAUUUAAUGAAGGAUUUUGGUAAUCAUGGGGUUCAUUUAGACUUAUUCUCUUUCUGCAGUGCUAGUUUGGCCUCAGUAGUAGUACAAUCACUCCUAAAGAAAGUCUUCCCAGCUUUAACAUCUCAACUAGAUCUCCCUCAGAGAGGAGCUGUAAGAUUUCUGCAGCUCUUCCUCGAAAAAAAAUCAACACAGAGGCAAAAGAAAGCAAAUGUAUUUUUGAAUGAAGUACUUAAUGCAUGGCUGCGCAAGCUCAGGGAUGUGUAAAGUUGACCAUGUCUUAAACCUAGAUCAACUGUGUGUUUUUGUGGGUGGAUGUUGUUGAGAUUAGAGCAGAAGAAAGAACAGGAUUGUUCAAAAGUGAGAGCGAGUACAUCCCAGACUCGCCCUGUUAUCCAGCUUUGAGUCAGACCGAACCAGCAGUUAUUAUAAAAACCUGCCAGUAUAUCAAAUUAGUGGUGUGUAUGUAAAAAGCCCGGUCCUCUCCCAUGCAUAAAUGAUGCUGCAGCGUUGUAUCGGCACAGCUCGACAAGCUGUUUGCAGUCAUACUCAGCAGCUCCACAUCUGCACAGUUCAACACAGCAAAUUAGGAGAGGCGAGGAUUAGUGGUACAAGAGAGUGAACAUGGCAGGCUCAGCACACACACGUACACUGGUGUGAUGUAUACCCACACAUACACAUGCACACACAGACUCUGGAUUUUUACAUAGGGUUUAACCAUGUAAGCCGUCACACACAAACACACACACAGACACACAAAUGUUGAAGGAUGCACUUUACAAAAACGCAUCCUGGCAGCCUAAAGAGGUAAAAUAACAAACCACAGAGCGUCACUGCUAUCUUUGCUAAGCUGCAGAGGACGCUGGGGGCAUUCAGACUGUGUCGUCUCCCUAUGGCUACUGACAACAUCCAGUCUUACACCCGAGUCCACGCCCCUCCUCUGCAUCAUUUGUCUCUUGCACGGUUUUAAAUGAAUUGUUUUUCAAAUGUAACGGUAGCAGUCCAGAGGUGCGUGCCAUGGAUUAGCACUCCCCCUUUCCUCCUCCUCCUCAGGCCGUAAUGUGAAGUAAACACAUUCGUACAGUGUGCCAUAUGUAAAACAGAAACCCCCCGAUGCAUGAAUUUAACAUUUUUUAUUCUUUUUGAUUUCUCGUCCUCCACGCCGCUCUUUUCCUUUCUCUCUCCCUCUCCCUCAUUCUCCUUUACUCUCUCUCUCUCUCUCUCUCUCUCUGACCAUCUCAGAAUUCAAAUGAAAUCAAAUGGUCCUUGAUUUGCAUGCACUUACAGAAUAUUGCAUGUGCGGUGUUUGCUGUAAAAGGCAUGGAGGAGAGGGUGGUGGUGGUGUUGGUGGGCGUCUAUGUGCUCCCCCAUUGACAUCAAACGGUCCUCUGAUAUGGAAAUGGGAGGGCACGGGAAGAAUGGCUUCUCAAUAAGGCUUUGUUUGGAUGUAGGCCAAGGUCUACCCCUCCCUCUCUCAAUCUAUUCCUCUUUUUUGUCUCUCAUACCUUCCAUCAUUUAACACAUCUCUCACCUUUCUUUCUCUUUACUUCCCUCCAAUAUUUGCAGUCUCCUCAUCCAACCCGCUUUCCUUGUAUUCGCUCUUUUUCUGACUCUCGAGGCUGUGGACCAGGAACUUUUACAGUCCUGUCAUUUAUCCUGCUUGACUCCUGACCUGACACAACAGGUUACUCUUUUUUUUUACAUUGCAAAAAAUACACCACCUUCAUAGUUGUGCGAUAAACAGGGUAGCCCCUUUAAGAGAGGAAACCUAAAAGAGAGAGGACAGAAAAGUAGAUUUCCAACGAACACACUCACACGCUCAGACCGAUAGUGUUACCCUUUUUUUCAGAGUCUUUAAUGGCCUGAUUUAAAGACUUUAUUUUACUUUAGUGUUGAUAUUAAAGCUGUGAGAUUGUCAUGUAUCAUAGUAGUUAAAUAUUAAUAUUCAUUACAACAGACAGCACCACUAAUCUGUAAACUGAGUGUACCUCUUAUGACUGAGGCCAGAUGUGACUCAGUGAUUCAGGGCUAGAGGGAUGAAAGAUGGGAGGCAAGGUGAACAAAGUUACACUGAAGUAGGACAGGUCAGAUUGUAUUCUAUUUGAAUGUGACAAUUUAAUUUUAAAAGACACCCUGUGUGUUUGUUUAAUUUUUAUCACCAUUUAGAAUAGUUUUCUUUAAAAAAAUCAAGUUUCUGUCUUUAAAAAGUCUUUCUUGAAAAUUGUCUUAAAAUCAGGGUCGUUCUGUGUUAAGACCAGUGUUGUCAUCAGCAGCUCAGACUAGCUGUUCAAACAGAUUGUAAGCUGAUACAUAAAUAUGAAUGUACAGAUGGUACACAAGUGUAAUACAUACAGUGCAAACAUGUGCGUGUGCAUUGUUUGUUUAGGCUGACAUCCUGAAAUACCCUUUAGAUUACCGUCAAACAUCGUGAUUACAGAUUUGUUGUUCCCUUUCUGUUCUGCUGCUCGUUACACAACUUGGCCCUUUUAAGACUGGACUGUAAUGCUCUGCUGUUGUGCAUCCUCAUGUAACACUCUGUAAAAUCAAAUGCUGGGAUAUUGUAAGGUUUAAUAGGAGGUACAAAGGGGCAGUGAUGGUGCUGCUGUAGAAUCUCAAUGUCUCCUCGCUACAAAUGUAAUUUGUACUUCUUAUGUUAAAGUUUAGAUUCAUCAGGGUACCUGCAGAAUCUUGCUGAUUACCAGUCUUAGUCUGUCUUUCAAUCUCACACACUGCUAUUUUAAAAGGAGUUUCAGAUCGUCUUAGUUUUAGUUGAGCUGGAUCAAAAGGCUUUUCUGCCCAGUUUAGGGCUCUGUCAUCAGUGUGACUCUUCUGGUUUUGGACCACCUUUGUUAUGACCUAUAAUAACUUAUUCAGUACUACUCAGUGGAUAAACAAACAAAAAACAACUGGAAGGCCUGCGCUACUGAAAGCUGUAUCGAAGAAAAGAGGUGCGUGCCAGAUGGGAGAGUUUUGGAAGGUACCACAGAUUUCUUCUCUCUGUUCCUGAGAAUGCAUGUGCUUUCCAUUGUAGGCCAUUGAGAAAAUGAGACGGAGUUUGGUUAGGAAGGGGACAGACUGAAAGCAGAAGGGUCUGGCUUGCAUUAACAGUGGAGUCAGGGGCUGGAGACUCAGUCUGGAGAUGGAUGCCAUAUAAACAGACAGACAAACAUUUUGCUACCAUCUUAGAAAAUGUGUUUUGUGCCAAACAAGACCGUUUCCAUUUACUGUGAGACAUUUUAUUUGUUACUUCAUUCGGACAUUUUAAAUUGUUUUGAUUUUCUGUGUGUGUUUGUGUGUUUGUCUGUUGGUGCUUGUGUGGACGUUUGUGUUUUCUUCACAGCACUUUAAGAAGCAGAGGAGGCUUAUCCCAGAGAGAACAGUGUGGAAGUACUUUGUCCAGCUCUGCAGUGCGCUUGAACACAUGCACUCUCGAAGAGUCAUGCACAGAGGUAAUAUUGCUGAAUGUACUCACGCACUGACACCUUGACAUAAACAAACAACUUCAGUUAUAUCCUGCUUAUGUCUGCAGUCAAAUUAAAAAAAGACCCACUGAGUCCCUUUAAUGUGAGUAUGUCGGUGAUUUAUAAUAUGAUUGGCAAAAUUUGGCAAUGCUGCGUUUAUUCAACAGUGGAAACUCAUGUUUAACUACUUUUGUUGGUAUGUAAAUCACUCACUAGUCCACAUGAAAACAGUAAAAUAUCAUAAAUUCUGUAAUGUAGGUGCCAGUUUGUUUUGAUGCAAAAUUUACACUGUGUUAUGGCAAGAAGAUUUCUAUUGCGUUCAGCAAUGUGCAGUUUCCAUGCGGAUGUGUAGCUCUUUUAAUUACCAUGUGUGUUUACCAUCCUGCAACUGACCUGUAGAAUAUUCAAGUUUAACCUGUAUGAGGGGUGAUGGUUGUGGGUAAUGGACAGACUCACUGCCUGCGAUCAACUUUCCUCCCUCACCCCCACUCUUUGCUGAUCAUGUGGAGUCUUAUCAUUGAAACCAGUAGUCCACAAGGUUUAUGUACCUAAUGGUAUCACUCCAUUUUAAUGUAAUGUGGAGGAAAAGCAGCCAGACUGUCCUGCCUUGCUAUAUAACCAGCAUACUUUGUACGACAAAGUGGCCACUUGCUUUUAUGAGUGCCAUCUUCAGGCUAAAAUACUAUAACACAAUGAAUAGUAUCACCAGGUAGACCAAUUUUCUCAAGACUGAUACUUUCCCAGCUUGCUAUUUUUGUUUUGUCUAUUUUAUCAAUGUGUAAAUAUUGGCUUGAAGAGAUUUUCAACUACAUGAUAACAUGUCAAAUAACUUAAAAUGGACUUUGUUUUAUAUUUUAAGCUUUUUUUACUGUGUCAAAAAGGUCCACAGAUUUGAGACCAGGGAGGUGUCCUUGAUAUGUUGUGACACACUCUCCUAACCCUAACAGCUAAAGAAAUUAUGGAUGGAGCUGUUUGCUGCUGUAAUUUAUGAGUCUCAUACGAGUUUCGUUUCUGUAGUGGAAAGCAGACUGGAACAAAAAGACUGGCUGGAAGAGGAGAAUAUACUCUUUACAUAUCUUCUCCGAGCAUGUAACACACAACACUGCUCCUAUCACCUCUCAAGCGGGGGAAAAAAAAAGACAAAAACAGAACGAGAAGUCGGUAAAUUUUCUUCAAUGUGAACAACCGUGUUGCAUUUGACAGAAAGCUUAAGUGUGGGUGUUAAAGAACAUACAGACCAGAGAACACAGUGUUUAUGGGCACAUAUGCUUUGAGUAUGGCCGAGUCAAAUCAAGACCUGGAUUCAUGUGUAAAGGCUCUUAUACUAAUACACACACACACACACACACACGCACAUGCACGGCUACAGGUGGUGUACUUCCGUUGGCUGACUCUGAUUAUGGCAGAAGGACACUAAUGAACCCUGAGCUCUGGGCUUUAAUGACCACUUAACAGAGACCGCCUAUUUAAAAGCUGCUCACAAUUAUAUCGGAGCAGUAUAUUUCAAAGGCUGACGCGGGUCAUAUUAACAUUACUUUAGAAAAAGCAACAGAACCAGUUUGCUAACACCCACGUUCUCUAAAAACAAAAAUAGUUUCAUGCAUUUCAUACGGUCAUGUUUGCAGAAGAAAGGACAAAAAAACUCAACUGCAUAAUUCCCCAUCACAGAGGAAAAAAACAGGUUUUAAUCUUUCUCUGAUAAUGUCUUUGCACCAGAAACACUGUUGACACUGAAUGCCACAUUCAGGCGCUCUUCUCUCUCCUCUUCCUCUCCAGAUAUCAAGCCAGCUAAUGUAUUCAUCACAGCUACAGGAGUAGUCAAACUAGGAGACCUCGGACUGGGACGAUUCUUCAGCUCCAAAACAACUGCCGCUCACUCACUAGGUAAUUCACUACAAGUCUAUACAUCAGCGGAUAUACACACUUAAACACACACUCUUCCUUUAUGAACACACAAAUACUUGGACGCACAGCAGCCCCCCUGUAAUCACCCUGAGCUGGAUGUGUUUCAUUAUGCAUUGUGAGUCCAGAGCCAUGUGUCAUACAGUCAUACUGCCUGGCUGCGGCUGUGCCCAGCCCCUUCAUUGGCCACUUAGCCACUUCCUGUUGCCUUGACCUUUAAACCUAACACAGAUGAAGACUGGGCCGAGAACUUCGACACACAGCUCUCGAUUGUGACCGUGUGUCAUAAAACAAGCCAGCCAACUUUACAAUCAGGGUUAUUGUUGGCAUUGAUUGGUGCCUUUGUCACUGGUAGGAAAUGAAAUCAUAUAACACUUUUUUUUUCUCUGAGAAGUGAAGAUUGGACUUAAAAUUAUUACAAAAAUGUAGACGUUUCCGCCUGGCUCAGAUUGGAUCAAAAAUCAAAGACGAGAGUAAAAAAUGGACAAACAUAUAGCUCCACAUGCUAAAAUGCAAAUCUUUAAUAAAAAGGUGUUUAAGGACUUUGCCAUCAUCUUUCAGAGUGAGUCUGAUGACUUUAAGAAAAGAGUGAAACUACAGUAUGCUGAUCACUUUUAACAGACAAGGACAUAUGCACCACUUCAAGUCUGUUGCAAACUUUGCUUUGUCUGACUUUGCAGAAGCAUAAAAAGAAAAAAAGAGAGAGGGGAACUCAAACACACCCAUCAACAACUUCUUUCUGGGAUGUCUUAAAUUAAAACACAAGCAAACCUGCGAACCUUUUUAUUUCUGCUCACAUAUCAGAACAUAACACUGUGAAAUAAAGGAGGGGGAUCUGCUUUAUUAGUUAGUUUAUUUAUUAGUUAAAAAUGAAUCCACAAAAUCUUUCCUGAAAAGUGUGUUUGGUUAUUAGAAGAGAUUUGGUGAUUACUUUAUUGGAGUGAUCAAAUAUUAGAGAAAUUAAAUAAGGCAUUUCACAGAGCAGAGUAUGGAAUAUUUGCAUCACAGAAAAGCAGACUUCACAUGUGCUCUACCGUCUUUACUUAAAAAAAAAAACUUGUGAGACCAACAAACAUGAUUUUGGUGGCAGACUUAUCGAGGAACGAGUACAAAGAAGCAGCGAGAGUCAUGUAAUGGUUGAAGACAUGCUUUGAAGCAUUAAACAAAUUACAUCUCCUCUUAUGAGCUUUGGGAAGCAUCACAAACAAUGGACAGUACUGAUUCCGUGUCAUGUUCUCAUUAAUAGAUUUGGAUUUUACAAAAUAGAAUUACCCAAAUAUGGACAAAUUUAAAAGCGUAUUCUGAUCGUAUGAGUUGCUCCUCUUUUGUCUCCAUUUCUUAAUCUUGAGUUGUAUUUGUGUUUAAUGUUAAAAAAUUCUCUCCUAAUGUGCCCAAGCGGCUGAAUUUACAGUCUAAUACAGAAACUGUGAUUCAGGACAAGGUCGUGGAAAUGGUCUAGUGUCGCUUUCUAGGACAUCUGAAUGUGACAUCCACCCCCCCUUCUGCCGUUUUAGCUGCUUCAUGAUGAAAAAUACAGAAAAAUGAAUCCCAUGGACAAAUAUAAACGCUGCCAUUCGCGCUGUCUCACUUCCCCGUGUCAAACUGUUUUUUACCACAAACAGAGCGCUAUUCUCAGCCCCUGUACAGCAGCAGCCCAGCCUUUGAGAAAAGUGUGAAUCACAUGAUCAACUCAGCAGAAGCCUUAUCAACUGAACAGCCCGCGGUGCCAGGAGAGCUGGGUGAGAGCGUCUGUGAUUGCUCAUUAAAUGUUGAGUCCACAGCACCCUCUUUAGGCUGACAGAGGACAGGCAGCCCCUCGUGCACACAGGGGUCAUCUGGAAGACUGUCCUCAUUGAUCUGAAGCAAGCAAGACUGCUUUGUUAAAAGAAAAAAAAAACAACCGAAUCACUAUAUUUUCAUUCUGCAAGUGUCGAGUCAACAGUUAACUUCAAUGUAGAAACUGAAACGGAGAAAUUAACCCCUAAAAAAAGAGCGAGUGGGUUUCUCUAAAAUACUGUGGUUGGUUUUAAGAGCAGACCUCCUGACUGUCUGUCUUUGUUCCCUGUCCUUCACUUCUGUUACUAUUUUUCUUUCAGACUUGUCUUCUUUUUUUUAUUUCUUUCUGCUUUCUAGCCCUCUGGUUCCCCGACUUUUACAAGAGAGAAACAGAAAGGUAGAGGUGAAUGAGAAAACGGGUGAGAGCUUAAAGGUGUGAGAAAACUAGUGUUGGAAAAAGGAAAAAAAAAACUCAUAGAGAGAGGAGGGGGUGAAAACAAUAUGUCAGGUAAAGAAGGAAGCAUAACUGGUGACAAAAAAAACAAAACAAAAAGGAAGAAUGUUGAGAAGAUGACAAAACAAAAAAAUCGAAGGAAGAGAGUAUCAGACUGUCUCCGUAAAAAAUGAAGGGGGAAACAGAAAAGCGAUUGAGAGGGAUAGAAAGAGAGAAUGUUAGGAAGGAGAGGGGUGUGUGUGCGUGCGUGUGUGUGUGUGUGUGUGUGUGUGUGUGUGUACGUGCAAUUGCGUGUCAGCAUGGGUCUGUAAUGAGCUCAGCCACCCAGCUGAACAGUGGAGCAGGGUGGUGAAGAUGAGAUGGAGGUCCAGGCAUACAGCCUGUCAGCUCCCAGGCUUUCAACUCAGCCGCUCAGCAGCCUGCAGUCACAUUUGCACACACACACACAUACACACACACAUACAUAUACACACACCUUUUUGUCUCUUACACACUGCUCUGCACUCUGAGUCACUCAGACUCUUUGUCUCCUAUACAGAUGUAUAUAUGCAUUGUGACCCAUGUGCUCAUCCAUACGUGCUUAAAUUUAUGCUCAGAAACACUCGCAUACACUCCUGUAAGUGACACAUAUAUGUACAUCCACACUCUGGGACCUGGGACCGACAUAAGUACACACAGGCAUGAAAGAGGCACACCCUAUGUAAUCUGUGUUUUUCUAUGCCAGGAUGAUUAUGCAGGGUUAUAGAAGAAGUUACAUUAGACAGAAAAAAGAAAAAAAAACUUGGUUGUAAGUGAAAAACUGAUGCAAUCAUUAGAGGAAUGAGAGACUAGCCAAUUGGCAGAAAUAAGUAGUAUAAUAUACCUGCAAUUAACACCUGUAAUGAGAGAGGUGUUAACGAUGAGCACAGGGGGAAAAGGAAAGAAGAGAGGAAGAGGGAGAACAAGAAACAGAACAACUUCAGGGAGGGUGAUGUUGGAAAUAAUUAUGAGGACUUCGACAUGUAUUUAAAGACUUGCUUAUCUUAUAAAGGAGAGGAAGCGAGUCGUGAAACAGAGAGGGGUAGGCGGGGAGCCAAAUAGAGGGCGAGGACUCAGCAGGACAUAUAGAAAACCAUGAAAACAUAAUGGGACUAUAAGGGAAUCCAAAGAGCGCCUUCUGACUACGAGUUGAAGUCCGUUCUGGCUCUGCUGCUGCUGCGGCUGCCAGUUUUACAAUUUAUCGUCUAAUUUGUUCGAGAAUGAUGGAGAAAGGGGUUCCCAAACUUUCUGCCCAGGGUGUGCAUGGGAAAUUGACUCAUGGUAUUUGAGCUUUAAAACGUGGUGUAAAACAGGUGACUGAGAACAGAUUAGAAGAGGAUUACACCAUUAAUUAAACUCCCUGUUAAAGGCUUCACAGUGUUUAAAUGGUCCUGUAAAGCAAGUCUGUGCAAUCAAAUCAACAAAUGUAUUUAACAGAACUAAUAAAGGUUGAUGUAACAAAACAUCCAGCAAAGGGUUAGAAGUGUAGAGUCUUUAUUCUGGUUGGCAUCUCACCUCCUAUACAACAACGAUUAGCCUGUUUCACAGAGAACACAGUGUUGUCACAGCCAUUCACAAUAAUGGAAAUCAAUCCCAACAUGACUCUCAAUUUAUUUGCAUGAAUAAGUAAUGUGCCCUUAAUUUAGCAUGCUGACGGAGCCUGAGCCUGCCGCCGCUGCCUUUUUUUAAAACAACUAUUAGCAUAAGAGAGGCUGAUUCUUUUUAAUCAACUAAUAAUGAAUGUUAGGGGAGCUUGUUCAGACCUCACCAAGAGACCUCACACACACACACACACACACACACACACACACACACACACACACACACACACACACACACACACACACACACACACACACACACUACACACACACACACACACACAAACCACCAUACCAACCUGAUGACCAAUUAAAACAGCAAUCCCCAGUCUUCUCUCUCUCUUUCUCUCUCUCUCUCUCUCUCUCUUGCUUCUUGGCUGCCCGGGCAGAUGCUGAUUAUUUUUGGAAUGACAGGUAACACUUCAUUAUUCAAAACAGCACAUUUAAGAUUAAAGUGUGUUUCCUCGACCCAAUUAGAUCUGCAACAAAAUUAAAACCUGCGAGCUUUUAUUUCAGUUCCCAUACACUUCAAUUAUAAUAGCUCCCUCUCUAAUAGUUUCUUUAAUUGCAAUUACAUUAGUUGAGUUUCCUCCAACCUGCGUGCGUAUGUGUGUACAUGUGUGAGUACUGAUAGCGAGUGUGUAGUUACGACUUUUUUUUUCUCCUGCAGGCUUUCUUUGCCUCUGAGUUUUUUCUAUUUAAAAGCUAUUCUCACUUAUCAAGCAAACUCUUUUUACUUUGUGUGUUGAUUUUAAACUCAUUGACUAUAAUCUACCUUGAAGAUAAAAACUCCUUUUCUCCUCUAAACCAUCUUCUUUUUGGAAAAAAAAAGAAAACCUUGAAAAUUACAAUGAAUUUUAUUUUCUGUAUUUACAUGAAUUUAUUUGUUUUCUGCAAGUCCAGAUUUUAGAUAAUCAUUCGAAUAAAGUCACUUCUUGGGGUAAAGCAACAUAUUAGAGUGCUUUAUGUAUUACAUUCAAAGCAUCAGGACAAAGGGUAAAUUACAUUUAUUUUAAGAGGGUGGAAACAUUAAAGCUCCUGUGUGCAGUUUUUGAUCAGUCAUCGCAACAAUGACUGAAAUUGGCAGUUAUGCCUCUAAAUGACCUAAAAAGGCAAAGUAGAUCAUCAACUACAAGACUGUGAAAAUAAAAAAAAUAAAAAGUAUAAUCUGUAACCACUCUGAGGGUGUUAGACAAAACACAUGAAGAAGCGGUCUUUUUUUAAUGUUUCCACUGCAAAUUUUCACAGUAAAUACAUUUAAAGGUUGGGUGAGAUUUUUCUAAAAUCAGAAAACACAAGUUACACAUUUACAUGUCAAAAACCUGCAAAGAUGUGAGGUAUGGCUUUGUCCACAGGGGGCACCAAAAUCAACAGGAAUGGAAAGUUCUUUAUAGGAAUUUUAAAACAAGUCAGUUAAUUUGUGAAGCAGCUAUAAACGUGGUUCUCUAAACAUGGAAUUUUCUGGAUGUUUGUUUUGGCUUUAGGAGCAUAAAAACUGAACACUGAAUCUCCAUGUUGGAAUCUGUGGACCCGUCCUACGUCACGUUAGCAGUCCUGAUAGUUCUAAGUGUAUCUCAGUCUUGUAUUUUGGCCUAAUACCAUUCAGUGCUUGAGGACAGGAGCAACAUGGAGCACUUUUUAGUUUGAUUCAACUGAAAACCUGAGAAGCUCUUUUUUUGAUUAGUACUGCACACCAAAGGCUUAGGGGAACAAAAGUAGUUCAUCUGUCUAAUAUUGUGGUCAAGCUUGGCUAUUCAGCUAGUGUUUCUGAAACUGUCGAAAUAAAAGACACAUGAUGAGUAAUCAAGGUCAAAUAUCGUAGCGUAGCAAAUCAGUUUUCAGGUUUAUAAUCUGGAUGGAUCCCAAGACAACUGCAAGAGGGUGUUGAUUAUUUUGACAUGUAAAGCAGAUGCUCUGCGGUGAGGCCUUCCCACAUUGUCAUGUGCUCAUAUGCAGCGAUCCUGCUGAUGGAUGUUGUACGCCAACUCAGCAGAGGCUGGGUAUAGCUGUCAUCUUUAUAUUCCAGUAAGUCUCCGUUUGUCUGUUUGCCACAGAGAACGUGGACUGAGCAGAGCCUUAGAGCGGCUCAGCACAGGUUAGGGGCCUGCUAAAGUUUCCCUCCUGUAACCAUAUGUGAUUAAUAUAAAACCUCUGCUGGAUGUGCUUGAUAGACUUUUAUAUGGGAAAUCACAGCAAACAGAGAGCGAAUGAAAAAAACAGCCAGUCAGACUCAGUUAAGAAGGCAGCAAAUAUCCAAAGCUUCCUGCAGAGUCGAUGUUGAGCUGCGGUUCGUCUUUGCGUCCAGUUGGGUGAAGGUUUGAUUCUCUGGAGCUCUGCCAGUCGCCAUGGCAGUGUGGGGAUUCUUGAGUUUCCAAACCAGAACCAGAACGGGCCAACUUUUAAGGCUCCACGGCUGCUCCCUGGGCGUAUUCUCCGACUACUGUUUCAGAUCAUUACCGAGCUCCAGUAAUCAGAACUGAUUCAUGUAUAUUUUGUGUGUGAGACUAGGUCUGCUGUACAUGUGCAUGCAACUUUGUGGUACUUGAAGAAUCGCAUGCACUGUAUCAGUCUACAUGAUGAUAUCUGAUUUAAUUAAAUAUCAGCCAACUUGAGGCAAUCUAAUUUAAAAUCUUCCUUGAGAUUUUUCUUCAACAUGGAGCAUCCCAACCUGCAUCCAGUUCCAAGAGUGCACUAUUAUUUUCUGAAGUGUGCACGGUUUUGAUGAACUGCAUGGUUUGCAAUCUUAGAUAUAAAAGCUCACUGUCUCUUUGUCUCCCCUCUACCUCUGUCUUUCCUUUUCUCUCACCCCCUCCCCUCCCUCACCCUCUCUAUUCCAGUGGGUACUCCUUACUACAUGUCACCAGAGAGGAUACAUGAAAACGGAUACAACUUCAAAUCUGACAUCUGGUCGCUAGGAUGCCUGCUGUACGAGGUAAACUACAGGAAUAUGUGCACACGGUGUCACCUUAGCAGUCGACUGUGGGAGUGACGUUCACACACAUCUGCUCACCAAACACACACACACACAAACUCCCCUCAAUCCCACUUAUAAUAAUGUAAUAUACAGCACUGCUUUUGCAUUUACAGAGACUUCUCGUCAUGAUUUGCAAAAUAAAAGAACAACACACACUUUUAUAAUCAUAUUUCAAUGAUGUGUAAUGUUGGAUGUCUCUACCUGUUACCUCUCAUGUUUCUGUCUGUAUUUUCUGCUGAGCUGCAAGCCUUCAGACUCUUUCAGUUGAAGUUACUUUACCGGAGAACCUGCUUAGCGUUGAGAAGCAGGGGAGUGAAGGGAACUGACAUGGCCAUGUGUUUUAGAUAAGGCCGCCCAGUGACACUGACUAGUUUGAUUAGUCAGGAGCGAGACACCACAGGGCUCUGCUGCAGACCACACUGAGUGGAAACAAACCCAGAAGGAGGGAACAAAGAGAGGGGAAAAAAGUGAGGAGUAGAGCAGUGAUAGACAUGGAUGAUAGCAGUCAAUCUGAUGUUUCACCUUGCCAACCUUCACAUGCACACAGACACACAUUUUCACUGAGACACACAGUCGGCUGAGGAAACACCCACAUUUUCCUCCCCUCCCCUUCACCCAGCUCCCCUGAGCUGCUGAUCACUUGGGCUGCAUUUCAACGCACCAGCGACUACAGCUUCUCCACAGCGCCUCAGGCAUAGAGGUGGAGAAUGCGUGAGGAAGAAGUUUUAGCUCAGCUUGCAGGUCAUGGUUGCUCAGAGACCACUGUCCAUCAUGCUAAUUAGUUUCCCACAAUGCACUGCGGCAAAGCACGACUGUGGUUGGCUGAAAGCGCCGAGUGCUGUAGGUCAUAUUCAGUUUUCAUGUCUUUAUUUUAAAUGUCUGCUGCAUGUGUGUUUUUCACAGGGUGGAUGCUACUUUAACAGUCGAUUUCUCUAGUUUGUUGCUCUUUUUGCAGAGUUUCUGCAGGUAUCAUGCCUUUUUAUCACAGCUGCAGCGCAAAUUUCUAUUUGAUCAGAAUGUUUAAUUUUCUUUGAAUCAGAUUUUUUUUUUUUAAUUUCAUUUCAAGGUAAAAGUAAUUGUUUGAUCAGUUACUAAAGAUUUGGAUGACAUGCCCCACUGUACAGAAGUGAUGCCAAAUUUACUGAUCAAUAAAAUGUCAGCUUAUUAAAGCUUGUGCCAGUUUAAGCGGACACUCACAGCUAAGCACAUGGACUCUUUUGGUCAUCUAAAUUUUAUUUUCAUUCAUUUUUUCACUUUAACUCUUCACAGAUGUUUGUCCACAGAUGUUUUAAUAAUACAUUUACACCUCAUUUUUAGCUAAACCUAAAUAUUAAAAAAAAAAAAUCAACAGACAAAUAACAUUCCUAUCAUCUAAAAAAAACUGUAACAGAACUGUAAAAAAUUGUUUUUUUAAAUUGCCAACAUAUUUUGUUGAGGCGACCUGAUUGUAACAAACUAAAAGGAGGCAUGUCGCCACCUACUGUAGCAAAGUGGACAUGCUUCUGUCUAUAAUUCACUUUUUACCAGGUGCUUGUAAACUUGGAGAAGGACAGUAGUCAAGUUAAAUCUCCUAAGUGAGCUAUGAACAUAGCCUGCCUUAACUGUUGAUGUCAAUGCACCAAAUGUUAAGCCUCUGAUCUGUAAAGCCUCUUUUGUCGUGCUUACUCUAUUCCUCAGCUUUUUUAGACACACAGACACACACUCCUGCUCCUCUCCCUGCUCUCCUCUCUCCACCUGUGGCUGCAUGAUAGUUUUUUUUCUGCUAUAGCACAACAUUUUAAUAAACUUUUUUCAGCAUGCACAGCUUUAUCACAUGCUUGCGCAUCGAUCUGAGUUCUUAAUGAUAAACUGAAAGUAAGAGCUGUUUGAAGGGAGGGGCAGAGGACACACUCAGCUGUAUUGAAAGAAAGGGAGGGUGCACUCCAUUUACUCAAUAGGACACAUGAAGUGCAACAAGGCAGGGGGCAUAUUUUCAUGGUUGUGGGUAGCCGUAAUCAUAUUUGAAAGUGAGAUUGGAUUAAUCACCAGGUCCUACUAUUUAUCCUAAAGUUGUCAGUGUUUCAUGUGCAGCCUUGUCUGUUUUCCAGUGUAAGAAGGAGAGCAGCCCAUUGAUCUUUUAUGACCAUCACCCUUCAGGGAAACUGCAGGGGUGGGUCAGACUCUGGACUGAAUACUCAGAAAGCAAGAUGGAGGCCAGAGGUGAGGAAAGAGAGUGACAGAAAGAGAGAGAGCCGGAGUGGAUAAAAAAAAGAGGAAGACUUGCUGCUGAGGAAGCAGGAAAUAAAGAUGUGAGGUGAAAAAGUUAAGGAAUCUAUAUAGGAACGAUAUAGGAAGCUGGAGAAGGGGAAGGGGAUAUGCGGUAAAGGUCUUCAGAGGGAAUGAAAAGAAAUCUCUGAUAGAAGGUUAGAGAGAAAGCAGAGGGGAAGGAGUGGAAAGGGAAAAUAACAAAAAGUCAGAGCAGGGUUAUAGAUUGCUGGAGAGAAGAGGAAGAUUGGGAGGAGGGGGGCAGGGGUGUGUGUGUUCAUUCAGAGAGAAAGUACUGCAGGUACAAGAGCAGAUACAGAACUCCAGCCAUCAGGUCAAGGUGAGCCAUGCAAUGAGCCUGUGGAGAUAAAGAUUUUACAACCUCAUUGUUACCAGAGCCGUGCUCACCACGCCAUGCAUAUUCUCUUUGAAGAGCUGACUCUCAGUUUCCACUCUUCUUGUGGUGAGAGGGCUCCACGGUGCAUUCUGUGUCAGGAAACUUACCUGCUUCUCACACAAACUCGCUCCACUUUCUCCUCCCCUCUGCUAUGUUUCCCUCUAUAUGCCUCCCUUUUCCUCACUUAACCUUCAGGCAGAAGGAAUUCACAUAGAAAUCCACGCCUGAUCCCUGUGGUACUCAUUGAUUUCACUCUGAACAUACAGUAGGCGCUGAGGAUUGUGCUGCGGUAUGUUUUUGUGUGUGUUCAUCAUUGUGUGUGUGCGUGUCUGCAUCCCAGGGAGGCUGGUUCCUUGUGAGAGAAACGGCUCCAUUUGAGAGAGCCUGCCUUUUUUUAUUCUAGUGCCGGGGGGUUGGGAAAGGGUCCGAAGGGUCCUCCCGUCAAUACCUGGUCAUUGUAUCUGCGUCUAUCUUUAUCUCUCAUUCCGUUUGAUCCCUUUCUCUACAUGUCCAAAUUCAUUACAUCACCUGACCCUGCCCGGUGCCCCUCACACAAACCCCCUACACUGCGGUAAACAGAGAUGCUGCGAGUCGCUGAUGUUGUCUCCCAGGGUGACCAAGAAGGAAAGGAUGAGGUUUGGUUACAUGUCAGUCGAUGAGAUCACGGUCUCUUAGCACUCGGAGGCAAAACCGAAACAUAUUUGCAUUCCCUCACUAACUUGGUAUUUAAAAUAAAGGCAUUUUACGCACACUGCAGGUCCCCAGCUUGUGCAGAUGUUUUCAGAAGGUUAGCAGCAGAGGGGUUUAUCCUGAAAAACUUUACUGGAAAGUGUCUCCUUCCUGCUGGAGCUCAGUCAUCCAUACCUCUGACUGUGCCCAUGUCUCAUGCCUCCUGUUUUAUGCCUCUCCCUCCUCUCUUGUUUUGCUGUUAGUUUUAUGGGACCUGAAAAUGCUUGGCUUCUAGCAGCUGGUGUUUGCAUGUGAUGAGUUGGCCCUUUGGCUGGCUCUCUGAACAUUCUUGAAGAAGUGAGCAAGGCUUUUGGAAACAAAGAGUGCUGCUUUGUAUCUUUUCUGUCUUUCAUGCAGUAGGUUUAAGUUUUUAAUGUUUGAACAUAAGAUACAUGUUCUUGUUACUACCGUCUGAAUCACAAUGUUCCAGAUCUAGCGAGUUAUUAAAAGUAAGGAUUCUCAAACUUUUCAGCUCAUGACAACUCCAAGAACAACAAUGCUAGAGAGCGGUGACCCCUCUGACCCUGAAGUGAGAAAAACAUUUCUCAUAGCCACGUAGAAGUAUAAACAAGACGAUUCAAAAUUAAAUAUUACAGCAACACGAAGGAACACAACAGCCAAACCACAGUACUAUAAUUUUACGAAACAAGUCAUCUUCAAGCAAAGCCUUUAAUUACGUGAAACUCAUAACUGAAAUAUCUAAAAAACUAAUAACAAGCAGCAACCUCAUGUCUUGAGAAAUGCAGGCAACCAAAAAGUGUUGAUAACUGCAGUUCUUUAAGCGUCCACUUGGUGCUGACUGCAGAAGCUCCUGAAACCACAUAUACACCCGAUUAAAAAAGUCUAUCUUUAAGAGGCAAGUAGUCAUGUUUUUUUAGACCAUUAUGGAAAUAAAUUUGGUCUUCAUUUUUCUUUCUGCGCACACUUUACCGGGGGAAUUUUUCUGUAAGAUGUUUGUUUUGAGUUUUUCUUAAUUAACAGCUGUCCUGCCUGACAGGUUAGCAUGCUGUUAGCAAGGAGGCUCAAGACUGGCCUCAAUUCUGCCUCUUUGCCUGUUGUUAGGUCGACUUAAAGUUGGGUUGAGUAACAUUUUCAGCUUGGCGUCUACCAUGUAUAGGAUUCAAAAACCAAUAGGUGAUUUGACAUCCAUGUAUUACACAGUCUAUGGUCCCCUUCCACCAGGAACUGCUCAUAUGAACCAUUUGUAUACACUGUUAGUUUUAAAUCCACCACCUUCAAUACUCAUGUCAUCCUUUCUUAAGUUUCACAGUAACUGGUCUUUUUGAAAUCUGCUGCCAUGGUAGUUCAGCACAGUCACAUAAAACUUAAAUAUUUUUUCCUCAAAAACUCAACCCACCAGAACAAUCUGCCACUUUGAUUUGAUCCAUUCUUCAUCUCAGUGCCUUUCUUCCCUCCCUCUCCUCUUUUUCGAGCCUUGAAGUGGAGCAGUCAUGACUCCACUGGGUGUAGGUAUAUUUUUAAUGACUGUCCCUCUUCUUUGACUUAUUGCCUUGAUUAAUAUAUCAUCAUAAAACCACAUGAAGAAGGACCAGCGAGCGCAUAAAAAAGUCAUGCUUUCCUUACUUUCAGAGUAUAUGUGUUUGGGUGUGUGUGUGAGGGAGAGAGAGGGGGAGACAGGGUGUAAGGAGGACAAUAUACAAUCUUUUUACAUGUGUGUGUUAGCAUUUAGGUGUUUAUUUUGAUGUAGCCAUAAUUCAGUGUGUGCUUAAAGAGAGUGAGAAGCCCUGUGGUCCCGGGGUGUAGGAGCCCUGGGGAGGAGGGGGUAAGGGACACUGGAUCCUCUCGCAGCUCCUUUAAUUGGCGUACAGGGAGGGAAGCUGGAGAGAGAGAGCGAGAUCAGUUUUAAUUAAGCUGGAAGGCCAAACCCAGACCUUUUACACGGACAGGAGCGCUAGCUUUACAUGCCUGAGCCGGGGAGAGAGUGCAGCCGGGCCAGCUGAAGAGGAGCCCAGGAACAAAGGAGGGAGUGUGUGUGUGUGUGUGUGUGUGUGUGUGUGUGUGUGUGUGUGUGUGUGUGUGUAAGUGUGUGUAAGUGUGUGUGCUGGACUCUGUGUUUGCAGGGCUGUGUGUGUGUGUGUAUGUGUAUGUGUAUGUUCUGCCACCAGCAGCUCACACCCCUCAGACAGACAGCAGGCAUGCGUGUGCAUUGUAUGUCUCUCGAAUAUCAAUGAACCAUACGCACACACACAUACACAGUCUCAUGCUCGCACACCGGGGCCUCAGAGGUCAGAGAGUGAGUCAAUCAUCUAACCCAUUGCGACGACACACUCUGAAAAAAAAAAAAGAGGAGUAAGUGUGUGUGUGUGUGUGUGUGUGUGUGUGUGUUUGAGAGAGCAGGGGGCCGGCAGCUGUCAGGGGCUGGGAGCAGCAGGCACUAAUGAAGCAGAUGAAUAGUGCAAAAACUCCCAAAUACAAACAGGACAGUUGACAUUUUUCAUCUGUCAAAAGCAGAAGAUGCAUGAAAAUACGAGGGGGUCUUGUUUAACCCUUUACCUCCUGGCGUCUGUAUUUUGGCUGCCUCCUUCUCCUUCUUUUUUUCUCACUUAUUGAGAGAUUUUUAGUUUUUGGAGCACCCAAAGGGGGCCUACACCUCCUGUCAGUAUUUGUUGUCGAGUAAAAAAACAGUGCUCUUCAGCCUUUCCUGUUUUUAGUCAUUGAAACUAAACUUUGGUAGACGUCAGCACUUUGAAGUCAGCUGAGUGCUCUCUUUUCUUUCUUGUGUUUCCAAAAUUAAAGUACAAGAUGACUAUCACCUUUGUGAUAAAUGGGCUGAUGAAGUUUUCGUGUAUUGUAAAGCUGGUAAUGUUAUAAAAACAGUCAAGUCAGGAACUGUAAUAGAAAUGGAAGCUUUGGACUGUUUAAAGGUGACGUCCUGCAUUUUCUGUGUUUAUUUCUUGGCAUCUUGAUUUUUUAAAAUUCAAUUGGAGCGGGACAGUCCAGAUAGAGCCAGCAGGAGUCCAGCCUAGUUCGUUACACAUAAUCAGUGGCAUGAAUAAUCACCUUUCUGUUUGUAAAACUAAAAUGAGUAUUUCAUAUCAUUGCCAUGUUUUUGCGGUUCCCCUGAACAGGCAAACUAGCUCUGUUUGCUGUUUGUAUUUUGUGAGCGGAGGUUCAGAAUGCACCAGGAAGAAGAGAGUGGUUGUUGUGCACAAAAGAAUUUAUAUUGGUACAAGUUUUUGAGAGUAAAACUCGACAAAUGGAGGAUUGUUAAGAAUCACAGCAGCUUCUUGUCCUCUAAGCCGCUGUCUCUUGAGGAAUUUUACUAGCGAGGGGUGAGGAAGAGGGUGUUUUGAUCUAGAAUCUGACUGCGAGAUAUUGCAGUCAGAUAUUUCAAUUUUUACAUACUGUACCUUUAACUGCUGGAUUUCAAUAUUAAAUUUCAAUUAAUGGUAUUUGUAAUAGAAUAUUCACUAAUUAUGCGAUCAGCAAGGAAGAACAGAAAACAAACGCCAAAAGCAAAAGUGAUGACAGAGACCGACGUGCCGCCCAGACCUCCCCUUUAAAUUUUCUGUUACUUACAUCGUAGAUUUCAUGAUAUUAUUUUUUUUUGUUUUUCUCCCUAAUACCCUGCCCUAUCAAAUAAUCAACACUCGGGGAAAACAGAUCUUCUUUGCUAGCUCUGGCAGACUCUUCCUAUUUGGUAUCCAAGAAAUGAGACAUAAGGGCCUACAUGUUAACUAUGAUGCAUGAAGUUAGCUAUGAAACGCUGAGUCAGUCUCCCUCAGGAGAAUCUUCCUGCGCUCAUCCUGAGUAUGAAUUAUUAAAGAUUUCUCUGCGUGUGUUUGUCCGUGCAUCUGUGUUUGUUUUUGUUAGCGAAAAUCCUCCUGAAAUCAUCAGCUACAGAUAUGAGUUUGUGUUGCCGGCGGAGGUACAUCAUUACUGACACACACAAGGAUGCACAUUUCCUCACCGCCUCAUCACUGUCGGCCACCUGCUGUGUCAUUCUCAGUAGUCACUGUUGGAGCAGAAAGAAGAGAGGUGUCCAAGGAAACACAGAGAGGGAGAUCCUCUUUUCUGUUUAUUUUUUAUCACGUAUUUUUGAUUUCUGAGGUUAUCCUGCACAGUUUUAGUCAUUUGAUUGUGCUAGUUAAUGCGCCACCAAUGCUUGACACAGUUAAAGUUGAAUUAAAGGAGCAGUCUAAAAGAUACAAUAAGUGUAAUUUUCCCCAAUUUACCUAUUUUUUUUUUGCUAUCAGUUUAUCUCGAUCACAUUAUAGUUGGAAAUGCUCCACAGAAAUUUGUGACUUUCUAUUUAUGGCCCUCUACCCUGUUUAGCAUGUAUUAUAACUUCCUCCCCUCUUAAAGUCAUUGAGAUGUACAGCAUCAUUUCAAGGUGCUUAGAGAUGCACUCUGCCCUGAAGCAAGUCCAGCGGAUGAACUUGGAAUAUAGAUCACGCGUACUGUAUAAUAUUUGAAUUUUACAUAAGAGGAGGCCUUUUUCUGCCUGGAAAGAAACUUCUAUGAUAUCAUUUAUUUACAACUGUACUAGAGCUGACCUCUUCCUGUGUGCUUUUUAUAUGUUUAUGAAGGAAACAAAGUCAACAAUCUACAACAUCUCAGAGCAGCCCUCUCAUCAUCAACCCAGACAACAACUCAGACCAUGUUUAUUUAUUAGUUUUCAUGUUAUUUCGCUCCACACUCGAGCCAAGCAAUUUAUUAUUUUGAAAGCACCAAACAAGGCAAAAAAAUAAGUAUGUUUGUCAUGCAAGGAUGCUGCAGGCUUCAUGUUUGGUAUGCACAUUAAUGGGAAGUGAGUCAGUCACUAAUAUUGUCUAUUCUUAGAAAAGCAGGAGGGUUUCUUCACCUUUUCCUGCUCAGCAAAAGUCUGCGUAUCCUUUCCACUCUUCCUUACCUUCCCAUCUGCUCUGCUCGCUUGUAUUUAUUUUCCAGAGGAUACAGUUUUCUCGCAGCACCAGCGAACUGAAAAAUCCUCUCCCCUCACUAGCUUGCACUGCAGCCGCUCUCCCUUCAACAUCUCCUCUUCCUUUCCUCAACUCUGCAUUUCCUUUUAUUUUCACCUCUAAGUUUGCUGAGAAGGGCCGGCAUACUGAAGGGAAUCACACUUAUACAGGGAAGCUUUCAUGGAUUAUUUCACUUAAAAGUUUAACCAACACUCAUCCUAAAAAAAACCUACUUUUCAAAGGUUUAUUGGUAUUUUUUUUUCAUUGCACCAAAUUUAAAACAUAUUGAUUUGUUGUUUGGCUCAGCUCAUCUUUUACAAUGAAAUAGCAGCAGCAUAGCAGUUCUACUUCCUAAUAAAGUACAGUUCUGAUAGUAGGACCUGUUGAAACUCGAAGUGUGUGUUUCCAGUUUUUAACUGGAGUCCAUUUUCUUCUACAUUUCUUUGACCUGUGUCCUCGCUUCUUCCCUUCCCAGAUGGCAGCCUUACAGAGUCCGUUCUACGGGGAUAAGAUGAACCUUUAUUCCCUUUGUAAGAAGAUAGAACAGUGUGACUACCCCCCUCUUCCUUCAGAUCACUACUCAGAGGAGGUAAGUACUUUCCUUCUACUCUUAAAGUAGAAGUUAUAAAAUUAUGGACUUGCUCUGUGUUUUAAAGGAGGACUCUUCUCCAGAACUUCUAAAAAACUUUGCAAAAGCAUUCACUUUUUCCUAGGUACACUCCCUUUUUUAAGCAGUGGUAGACACUUUCUCUUUCUCUGUGCCAGUUUGCUGAUUUCUCCUUGUAUUUCCCGUUGAAUUAAAAAAUUUUCAUACGCAAGUGAAAUCUGCCCAACUGUCUGAGCCACAGUACAACCAAAUCUUUCUCUGUGAUCAAAAGGCUGACUAUGAUUUUUAACCGUUUGAAAAUUAAAUGCACAUAUCAAAAGCAUCUGGCCGUGCUACAAAGUGGUCUGAAAGUAAAUUGGCUGGAGUGUCAUGUUUCUCUUACUAAAUGUUAAAUCAUCCGCUGUAAUUUCUGCGUAGACUUACCCCUUGCACAAAAAUGAAAUGAAGUCGGGCUGUGGUUAGAGAUCGCCUUGUCGCUGAUUGGCGGUGAUGUGUGUAUGAAUGUACAUGGCUUUGUGUUUGCAUGCCCUUUUUGUGUGGGUGGCUACUUUCCCCCCCCUAACAUUUCUGCUCUUGUAAACAUAUUAAGUCAAUGUACAGAUAUGCAAAAUGUAGAGAUGCUGAGGAUGUGCAUGCACUGCAGGUAUUGAUCCACUUAUAAGGUAAUUAUAAAAAAAAAAAACAGCCUGAACUUACAAGAUAGCUGAUGUUAUCUAUUUAUAACAAACGUAUACAGCAUGCAUUAUGAUGCAUUUAUGGUUUUUAAACAUGGAAACAUGCUAGUAUAGAAAAACACUUAACAUAUCCUGUCCCUUCUUUCUAUAUUCUUCGCUGUAUGAUCAGUGUAUCUGCACACACAAGUCCACAGUGGCUUAUAUGGAGUGGCUCUCUUUAUUUAUCCCUCUUAAAUCAAACAGUAAACCCAGAGGGGGGGCUUUAUUCUUCAGGGGUGUUUACUUCGUUAGGUCUACAAGGGCUAAUUGCAGGCUGUAUCAAGAAUAUGAAGUGUGUGUGCGUGUGUUUGUAUGUGUGUGUGUGUGUGUGUGUGUUUCUGAGUUUAUGGGUGCAGAGGCAAUCAUGCAAGUGUAUAUUUUGUUACAACAGCUCCCUUUCACCACACAUACACACUCAGACACACACACACACCACACCGAGCUUCUGCGUUGCCCCACAUGUCACCCCCAUCCUGGAGAAAGGGAGACAAAGUGAAAGAGAGAGGGAAUGAUAGAGCGAGAGACAGGGCGAUGGAGAGAUGGAGAUGAGGGGGGUGCCUGCAGCGCCUGUCUGGAUGUAAACAAUGCUCCUGAAGGAUCGGCAGCAAACUGUCAGCUGCUCAUCUUUGUUGUGUCAUUUAACCAUCUCCGUCUAUGCUCCCCCCUCUCUGCCUCCCUUCACUAACUCCUACCCCCCCCCCCCCCCCACCCUCCUCCACCUGACACCCCCACCCCACUCGCCAUGCAAAGAAGCGCAUGAAUAUUUUACAUAUCUGCAUCUCCCCCCCUCCAUCUCUAUUCUGUGGGACUAAUUCUCAGACUGUCUGAAUUUGCAUCUUUCUCCCACUUUCUCUCUCACUCAGGCACACACACAUACACACACACACAUACACACACACACACAUACACGCACACACACAUACAUACACAUAAGCACAGCGGCUGACGAGAACUCGUCCAAGCCGGUGCCAUGCAACAGCGGCCAUGAAGUCGGCAGUCGGUUACCAUAGCGACCUCGCGUAGAUGUUCGUUUUUUUCUUUCCUCUCCAUCUUUUAUUCUCUUCCUUUUUUUUAAUGAUGGUAGUGGCUGUUCCGCCUGCGAGCCCAUCUAUCUAUCUGCUCCAAUCAGCCGCUCCGCUCGGCUUCAAGUGUAAGCGCUGUCUGUGGAUGGCAGUAGAGUGGCAGCAGUGUGUGCUUGCAGCUUGGUGUGCGAGUGUGUGUGUGGGCCUUCGACCAUAAAUUGAUUAGCGCACUAACUCAGCCUUGUGUCCUCACUUUAGCUCCAUUUAAAGAGCGUUUACUUAGCAGGUCUGUUCGCCCGAUCAUUGUUUUUCAUUUCAUUGACUGUAUUUAAAGAUGGACAACACACCUCUACCUACUUCUCUUACUAAAGUGGAGCCAAAACACCUGUGGGGCAGGUACUAAUAUAUAAUGCUGGUGACCUUUUCGAAGGCAAACUGCAAUGGAGAGUGCUGGAGACACUCACAUUCAUGAAAAGUUUAAUGACCCUUAUAUUGGUGUUUGUUGAGGUUCCUCUCACUGUCUCUCCUAUCCUAUGCACUCAAUCGUGGCGUUGUAGCCCCUUUUAAAGCAACCAAGAGCUAAAUAAACUCUUCAAAGUCUUAAACUUGAUUUUAUUUAAGUGUGGAGGAGCCUGGUUUGAAGUUUGAUUCAUGUCCCAUCUGUUAUCAUGGAGGAUGUGAGCUCUGUGACGUAUCAGUAGGAGGGCUUUGCUUCACUUUUAGGAAGCAGUCGUGUCGUCCUUUCUGUACAGUCCAUGCCUCAUUUUUUGAACUUCCUUUUUAUUUUUAAAUACACUGUUAAUUUUUUCUGUACUGACUCUGGUAUUUUUCUCUCCACUUUUCAACCAACACCCUUGUCCGUUCCCAUCCCUCCCCAUUUUUUCCUGUUCCUCCCCAUCCUUCCACAUCCCUCCCCCAUCCCUCUCACCAGCUGAGGAACUUGGUAGAUAUGUGCAUCAACCCUGACCCAGAGAAGAGGCCGGACAUCACCUACGUGUACGACAUUGCCAAACACAUGCAGAGCCUGACACAGGGCAGCUAAGCCUGGAGUUACACACACUUUAGCUCGCAGAACUUCUCCCCGAUUCCCCACUUUGCUUUUCAUGCUGGACUUGUACACAUCUAUCAGCUUUUGUACAAUAACUUACUCCAGAGUUUCCCCCCCUGUGUUGAAGGUGUUACAAAUUUGUAUUUCUGAGGUGACGGUACUGUCUGUAACACGACUCAGACACCAAACCUCCUUUGCCCAAGAAUAAAGAUUAAAGAGAUUCACUAAUUUGUCAGACAGACCGCCCAUUCCUAGAUUUUAAUCAUAGUACAGCACUGAAAAUCCAUGUUUUAUAACUUAUCAGUGUGAGUUUUUAAGGAGUGAAAUAAAUCCAGACCUAGUAGCUAUCUUGAGCAGAUUAGACACAUGGUCUGGAAAACUGUAAAAUUAUUCAGAAAAGAAAGCAAAGUUAGAGGUCACCUAUCUAGAGACAGGACAAACAUCCACUAAAUUUACCUUGCAGGUCUUUGGUGGGUCUUAUUAGACCUAUGGACAGUAGAUGACACAAGAAGAGCUUGAAAACUUUGAACACAACUGUUAAGAGAGAGAAGAAAUUUCACUCAAAGGCAGGAAAUCUUAGAGAUACAACAGAGUGUUUGAUGGUUGAAGCUUUGUUGUGCUGCACUUUUUACCCUGGUACUGGAAGGCUGGCAGGGUGUUAAUGUCUAAUGAAUGUAUAAGGAGAGGAAGGAUUAUUUAGAGGGUAUACUCGAAACGUGCUGGGGGGAGAACAUGGGCAAAUGUCUCCACAACACUUUGAAUGUAAGUCAUUUUGACACCUAUGUUAGGAUUACUCUUCUUUGACAGCCUCAGAGGGGAGUAGACGCUUGAAGAAAAGCAAGUUUACAUCUGCUGUUUACCUUCAUCACUGACACCAAAACGUUCCUCCAUGGUUUGACUCUGGGGUUUUUUUUAGAGGCGUAAAAAUCACAAUAAAGACAUGAGUAAAAUCUAAGUUCUUAUCAUGGUCCAGUGGAUGCAUUUGACCCACCAGAGAGGAAGAAAAUAUUGUUUGUGUGUUGCUGUGUAAGUUUGCAGUCCAGUUGUCGUAUUAACAGAUAUGUCGGUGAGUGAGCAGAUCCUUUCCUUGUGUAGCCGUCCAUAUUAUAAAUAAAUCGCAGCUUAACUACCUACCUUUUGUCCACAGCUGAGAUACCAAAGAGGAAAUUCACGUAAAGAGCAGUUUAAAGUUAGACUCUUGACGUAAGUAAACCAGAGACUGUUCUUAUGAAAGAGAACAAGCGACACUGGGACUAACUUUGUUUUACUGUACAUAGCAAAAAAAAAAGUUCCUGUAGUAGUCAGACUGCAGCGGCCUUUGAUUCAUUUGGAGAAGGAAAUCACGGCUUUAACUUCAGUGUACAAACAUACAUAUAUUUGUGCAAUUUUCGGUUAUGACUAGGUUUACUCCAGGGGGGUCACAGAUGACCGGCACUGACUACCACUGGUUUACAUUAUUGAAAAAGUACCACAUGAGUGGUAAAGUAAGAGAGCAGUGAUUGAAAAGUCGGUAUUUCAGUGCCUUAUGAACUAUCUUCUAUAUAUCAGAUCGUGUGUUAACUGUUCAAUCCAAGUAUUGUACACGUAUGCCCAUUUUUCUUGUUUUAUUUUUUUUAUUAUUAACAUACAACAUCAUGUGUUAUAUAGAGAAAAAUCAAAGCUUUUAGGUGCAAGAAAAUGUAAGUUAUUUUGUUUUGGUCAACAGAAUAUUUUCAUAGUGUGUUAAAAGUAGUUCUUUGUCUGAGACUUGCAAAUACAUUGUUUGCAAUUUUUGUUUGCAAUUGUGCACCUUGUCCUUGUUGUUUGUUUAAUAUAGCUUUUCUCUGCCUUUGUAUUAGCCUUUUUUCUAUUGCAGCAAUUAUCUGUUUGAUAUUAUUUCCCUGCGCUCUCUUAACAAUACGGUCCUUUACCAAUGAAACUUGGUAUAGCUUCACAGCACUAUUUAGAUGUAGUUUUGAUGCUACAUAGAGGUAGCAUUUAACCCCAUAAUAAAAAAUGGUGUAAAAGUUAUACUGAUAUCUUUUUACAAGACCAAAGAAUUUUGAGAUGUUAGGAAAAUGUUUCAGAACAGAUGUAAUAUGAAACAGUUUUAAACGUAUCAUAGGACGUCAAGAGGCCUUGCUUUUUAAAAUAAUACCUCAUCUGCUUUUAAAGGCAAAUAUACUUCUAGUUUACAUCCUUCCCCUUGUUAAGAACAUUGAACACGCAGCGUAAAGUCAGGUGGUCUCGCCUUAAAGAUGUCUGUGUUACAAUGUUGAUAGUUUGUCUUUAUGCAAAUGUGGAUAAUUUCCACAUUUUUCAAAUCCUCACAGUGAGGUUGUUUUAAACACAGUCACUUUAUUCCUCAUUGCAGUUCCCUGAUCUGUUUUUGGUCUUUGCUCAGUUUACAUUUUUCCUCGGCUAUCCGAGGAUGGGAUGUAAUUGUCCACUUUUCCCCCUACAGAAAAUGAGAACCUGAAAUAGAUAUUUUUUGAUUUAGUAUUUUGGGUGUUUUCUUUCCCAACAUUUCAUGUGGAAAUUAAAACCUGCGUCACAAAUGUCUUGUAUGCUAAGCAUUGCAAUAAAGCUUUCAAGUUUUUGUUUGGACAUUAAAGUGAGUGCCUGAAGCUUUUGACAGCUUUUCACAUCAUUUUUUUUAUUUUUUACUGGAACAGGCUGUUUGUUGCCUGCAUUACAAGAAGUCGCCUUCACAGUGAUGGAAAACUAGUUAUGAUACCAGCUGAGAGUAUAAUUAUAACAACUAACAACAUUUCAGCCUUCCUGUUAUUUUCAUUAUUUGAUAUCAUUAUUCUCACCCCAUUUACUGUCAUCAAAAACGCACGAUAGACCCGUUGACCUUCAUAGGGACUUUAGGUCAUUGGCACGCUGUCAUUUAGCUGUGACUUUUGUUGCAUAACUUCAUCAUGGCAUUAUUGAACAGCACAUUUACUGUAACAGACUGAGAGGGACGAUGUUCUGAAACAAAAUGUGAACAUGCUAAAAAUUAAAGAUUUGUGCCUGUCAAUCAGAAAAUUUAUAGUCGACAAGUAAACAAAAAGUUGUCUGUGUUUUAAAAGUUUCAGAGAAAGACAUGAAGCAGUCUCUUUGAAAGUAGCCUAUAUAUGAUAGAGACGUAAACUCUGGAAAUUGUACGUUUUUAACAAGACUGCAUGCAGCACAUUGUCAUAACAAAAUUUGAUAGCAUCAAAUUAAGUUUUUUUUUCUCUUUUUUAACUUAUUAAACAACAAAGUCGCACACAAGCCUGCAGUGUUUAUUGCGCUUUUCACAUCUGUGCCAAAAAUAAGCUCAUAUAUCAUAUCAGAUCUUAUGUAUUCGUACACACAAUGAUUUUAAAGAUGAAAUUAUUAAAAUUCACAAACAAAAUAGGAGUAUUAUGUUACAAAAUAAAAAGCCAAAUAUUUGGAUUACCUUUUUUAAUAAGGUAACACAGUUACUGAACAAAAGACUCUGUUUUCCUUUUGUAACCACAAAGCAGAAAAUCCCUGAAUCAUCUUCACUGAAUCUGUUUUCUCCUUCUUCAUAUCAGGUGGUUGUGAACCAGCAAAAAGUAAACCUACAGCCGGAUCAGGGCAUAUGGAAAGCUAGCUAGUUAAACAAGAAAUUGAGUGAGAUGGCAGACAGCGUUUACUUGGAUUACCCUAUCACAGAUUAUAUGCCAGAGCAAACAUUCAUAUGAAGAACAAAUGAAUGGGAAUCAAGGGUUUGGUCCUUCCAUGCUCCAUCAGGCCUUUUUCCAUCAGAGAUUUUUUACCGAUGCAUGUGAAAUCGAGGCACGUUCAUGUAAACUACAAAAAAAAACAACAGGAAAUGGUGCAGAUUAAAGCAGGUAACUUUUGUUAGAGAUUAGCGCAGAGCCAACAAAAAGAAAGGUAAACAGACUCACUUGCAGUUGACUGGAGCAUCUCGUCUCCGUUGACAUCACUGUGGAAAAAAAGGGGAAAUCUGAGUCAUGUAAGAUAAUGUUAAGAAAUAUGACUCAUGACCAUGUAUCAUUUUGUUUAUGUGACCUGACCAAUCAGAUUUAUAUAGGAUUGAGUUCAGCUGCAGUAAAGUUUAAAAGUCCCUAACUAACUGUACUGAAAACCAGCAGCGAUGUCACAGUCAAACUAACACAGGAAAGGAUGUAAAGAAGUCAUAACUUUUUAAGCCCUCUCCCCCUCACAACAUGGACCACCAUAGGUAAGACAAGCACCAACAAGACGAUGAUGAAGACAAGACUCAUGAUAACAGUAUGGUUAUUGUCUGUUAAAUGAUGGUUAAAACAAAAAUGAUAAAGUCGGGACAUUUUUAUCAAAGACAUAUUAUCUGUGUUUAAUAAGGGAUGAGAUAAAGAGAUGAUCAGCGCAUUCACCGAUAAUAAUGUCACUUUGAUGGACUGUAGAUGAAGGUGUCAUCACAGAAGAACUCUAAAACCAGGAUUAAGAUGAUGUAAGAGAAGAUUAGACUGAAGGAUUCUUACCGGGACAUUCUGCAUUUCAGUAUGACAACCAACACCAGGGCCACAGGCAGCAGGGUGAUGAGGGAAAUGAGGAACCCGAUCAGAGCUUUGUCAUUGUCUGUGAAGUGACAGGAUUUUUUUUUUUUUUUUUAAGGUUUAUGUUUGAAAUUAAAAUGUACAUAAGAUUACACUUGUAUAAAAUUAAAAGCGCCCAUACAGAAAGUGUCCACAUCUUUUAUCUUUGAGUUGCCAGUAAGUUCCCCGUUGUAAGGAGACACCUGGAAAAACAGAAACUCUUGAUCAGGAAUUAUAGAAUUUAAGAAAUAAGAGAAGUUCGAUUAAAAGAUAGUCUUGUAAAAAAAAAUAAUCAGGAUUAAACAAACCUGCAGACGGUAUGUUGUGGAGUAGCUCAGGUCUCUGAACUCAAACUUGCACUUUCUGUUUUCUUGUGUUAUCACAGUGGCACCAUUUUUAAGAGUUGCUUUGAAUAUCUCUUCAGGUCCCUUGAUAUCUCCAUGAUAGUCACAGGAUACUUUUAUCACAUUAUUCUCUGGAACAGUCACCACCAUGGAACUGAUAUCAUCUGGUUCUGCAAAGAAAAGAAAAAAACUUCAUUUACAUCUCAGUGUCACACAGUUUCAGAGAAUAACUCGGAUCAUGACCCCACAGUCGAGUCAGAAGAUUAUACUCAUAAUAUCCUCUUAUUCUGAAAAUGGCCUCCACAGAUCAUUAGAGCUUCACUUUUAUUGAUCAUUGCUAAAGAUAAAAAAGCAUCAACAGCAAUCCUGUUUCAUUCAUUAAAUAACUGACCGUAAAGAGUCGGUAAUAAAGUUUGUUCUCUUACACAGAUACUGACUUUCAAACAGACAUUCACGUCAUCAGAUGCAGAGUUGUUGUAACUUCUCAAACUUGAAGAGUCUUUACACUGAACAGUCUGUUUUUGUUUUUAUUCAUGUUGACUGCUGACGGUUUUUAGACACUUACUGCCAGCUUUAGUCUUUAUUGGUCGAACAGGGGUUGGUUGAUUUGGUAGACGAAGAUUCCUGCCAUCAUAGAGGGGUCGAACUUGACAUGUAUAGUCUGUGUACGGGCUCAGGUCACGGACGUUACAUGAUGCUCCAGAACAUUUCAGAGUCGAGCCUGCAACACAGUUUCAUUGAAUAAAGCUUUAGCAAAAGUUCAGUCAGGAAAACUAUUUUCUUCUGUUUUUUGUUGUGUUCACUUCUUUACAAACUCUCUGAUAUCACCUGUGGUCUUCAGCUGUUCUGGUCACAUCUAUCUGAUGACCCUCAUCAACUGCUGCUCUUUUCUACAUACGUCUUUUUCUUCCUCCAGUAAAUUCAUCCUAUCAUUAUGUACAGUCAUCCACUUCCCAUCUCUCUCAGUCUUUACAGUUUGAUCGGCUUCAUCAUCUCAUCAGUAUCAGGUGACAACAUCAACCAUCACCUCCAACUCCACAGAGACAGACGUCACUAAAGCUCAGGGCAGACACCUUCAGUCACCCCAUCUCUAUGAUCAGCUCAAAGGUUAAAGACCCUGAAAAUAAUUCAAUAUCACAUUAACUCUGUAAAAUUAACCCCAAUCUGUGAUUCAUUCACUUCUCUCGCCUGAUUGAACUUUUUUAUGUUUGGCUAAAAAAAAAUAACUGAGAUGAAAUAAAGGAAUAUUCUGCAGUAAAUUGGUUUCUUAGUUAAGUAGGAAGAAAUAUAUCAAUCAAUCAACAAAUCAGUCACUGAUAGUUUACCUGCUCCGGCCCUGCACUUAUUCUGAUGCAUGUGUUCAUGUGAAAUAAUUGUGCACCAGUUUUCAGCUGCAAAUAUAUUUUUUCAAAUGUUUACUUUUUUCAGCAGAGAGGACAACUAAAUCAAAAUGUUUCUAGUGACAACAGCGGUGAGAAACUUAAAAUGUCCAAACUUUAUUUCACUCUUCAGGUAAACGGACCAGAAACCAGAGUUGUCAAAUUUUCACAAAAAUGAAUUCAGUGUGAAAAUGUAUGAGUGAAUUUCUGAGACACUUAAAAUCAUCUUUACUUACUGUAAUAUCCAGAGACACAACUGCAGUCGAAGCUGAGCUUUGGAUACUGGAGGACAUUUUCACAUCUCUGACUGUCUGUGGUCCAGCUCAGCUGAAUGGAAGUGUUGGUCACCUCUGUGACUUUGACUCUUAGUUUAAGAUCUGUAAGAACACAUCAGAUUUCUGUGACUGAACUCAUUACCUGCUGUAGUCUUUGUAUCCUGACUUCUCUCUAAAUACAAGAGGAUUGUUGAAGUUAAACUGAAGUAGAGUGAAGGUCAACAUACCACAGUCAACGCUGAACGUGGUGGUAGGAACUGCUGUCGUGAUGAGCUGAAAUAAGGAGUUGCCAGCUGAACUGGUGUCUGGAGGGAAAGCAUUGAUUGUGAUGGAGGGUGAAGGUGUAGGUAAGGAAGUAGGAACAUCUGCAAUACAAGAAAAUGUUAGUCAUGCCAACAAAAGAGCGCUACAGUGUUUUUUUUAGCAUUGCUUCUCUACACAAAGAUGGCUGCUGUAGAUCGUAUUCACACAGAUUAUAUUUCCUACUCUCAGCUUGGGAUGUUUGAGACACCAUUAUAAGUUUAUUCUCACUAUUUCCCAAUCAGUCUUAUAGGUGGACUCAGCUCUGGCUUGUACAGUGAGAACUUGUGACUCCACUUGGACUCAAAGUUCGGUGACUCGACUACAACGCUGGCUACAGGUUGAAAACAUCUAAGAUACAAAAGAGCACACAGCUGAUAACUUGAGAAGUCACCUAUAACCCUGUAUGUAAUGCCAGGAGAUAAUGUGAGGUCAAUGCUACAAUACAAGGAUUUAUCUCCUGCUCCUUUUUUACAGAGGCCAGUGUCAUAGAAACACAUUGAAGAGUAGAGAAGUAUCGAUCUGUGCUAUAAGUUGUAAACAGGGUAAGAAUAUAUACUGGAUUCGGGAUCGGUUUUUGAGGUGCUGGGAGACAUGACAGGAGCAGCUGUCAUGUUGCUUGGAGGUGUGGAUUUGCCAGGUGAAGUGGUGACUGGAGGUGAGGUUGGGUUUGAGUCGUGUGAGGGUGAGGGAGCUGAAACAUUCACAUUAUGAGGAAACAUGAGUCUAGCCAAACACAAUGUCAUUAUCAUAUUCCCUGAGUGGCAUCAAUGUUUGACUGGGGGCCAGUGGUCUUGUUGGUUUCGGGUGCGGGCAAAGUGUUUGCAGGAGUGACUGCAAGAUGGAGAGCAGGGAGAGUCACCGUCACCUCUAGUAUUUGAGGAUCUAGAUCACAUUAAAAAGACCAGAUGAUAAUUUUAUGCCUCACCUCACCAAAGAAUAGAUUGUUUGAUAGGAGGAAAAACCACAAACUGCAAAAUUACAAAUUAGAUAUGGUUACAGCGCACUUCAUGGAGGCUGGACCUCCGCACAGACACUGCUCCAUAAUCAUCCUGUCUCAUCACACUGCAUGGCAGCUGCAGGCAUCUUUUAUCUUCACUUUUAUCUGUGUUUUUAACCUGCUGAAACUGCGCAGUAACCAAUUUGACAAUAGUUUCAAAGUAUAAAUUUGUGAUUACUGUUAUUUUUAUUUUGUAUUUUUCUAUUUUCACCUUUUAAUGGUGUCCUAUUCAAACUUUGUGAGUGCAUUUUCACACUCCCCUUGUCCCUUGCUUUUGAGCUGCUGUACCAAGAUAAUAAAGGUCUAUUUUCUUACACCUUCACGGUGUAAUUACACUGAUUUUGUAAGGAACUGUUAGCACCACUUGUAUUUAUAGAUUAGGGUGGCGUUCUGUAACUGCACAUACUUUAUAUUAAAGACGUCUGACUCUUUCCUGUUUCUCACAUAGCUGAACUGUGGUUUAUUUGAUAAGCAGAACUGUGGUCAACAGCGGAACAUGUAAACUGAAAAGUGUUUCCUUAGAUGUGCAGAUGGUUCACUUAAAUGAGACGUUCCCUCAUGAUUUUAACAGUAAAAAUGCUAAUAUUUUAUAGGUAUCUCAUGUGAAUUCUUACUGAACAUAAUUGGCGUACUGGACUUCUUAAAACCAUUUUCUUUCCUCUUAGCUUCAUUUGAACUAAAGUCAGACUAAAGCCGUCCAUCCCCGAAUAGGUUACCAUCAUUGUUUUUGAAGGGGAUGCUGGUAUCUUUACGGCUCGAUAACAUUUGAAAUUUCAGAUUGAUUACUGAGCUACAGAAGCACAAUGAGCACGAUGUGUUCACCCGUAACAAAAAAGCUCUUUUUUUGAAAGUAACUUUUUUUUUGUAUUUCAACUUUUUUUUUUUUUUUUUUUUAUGUUUUCAGACUGGUAUUUUUUCCCUUUCUUCUUCUGGCCUACUUUUUCUCCUGUUUUUCAAACCUUUUUCUCCCCUUUUUUUUCAGACUGUUAAUUUUUUCAAAAUUAUUUAGGAGCUGGAGAAUCUGCCGAUUUCGAGCAGUGGCGGUAGGUUAAUGUCAUAUGAAGUAGGAGAUUCUUGCAGGAUUUUAAAGUAUCUCGUUGGGUCCAAAAAAAAGUCUAAAAAUAAAGAAGAAAAAUAAUAACUAAAAAAAAAAAAAAAAAGAAAGAAAACAAACAAACAAAAAAAAAUUCUAAGAAAAACAGAGCUUCUUCUUUUUUUGUUUUUGGUAAAUAAAUAUGCUUUGGUACGGAACAGGCUCGAACACAGUAGCAUAUGUCUCUUGAUAAAUUUGGUUAUAAUUGAGGUUUGUCAUUGAAGGUGUUGAUCUUUCUUCAAGAGUCAUAUUCAAAAUACAGCAGGUUACAGGAAUGAAUUUGUAAAAUCAUAAAAAAAAAAAGAAGUGCCAAAGUUAUGUAUUAAAAGAAGUAAAUGAUUCUCAAAUUUUGUAGGAUUCUGAGCUAGAAAGCAAUCACAGUUUAGAGGUUAGAAAACAAAAAAACAAGGCAGAAUCGUUUUCAUAUGUCAUUAAAUUUAAGCUAUAUGAGUUUCGCAAUUUGCUAAAAAUCAAUCAGAACGUUAAUCCACUCUAAAGCUCACAGCAUAACUCCUAGAGAAAAACUGAAGUAAAAAACACUGAAGGUUUUUUUUAUUUAUAGGAUUUUUUUGAAUGCUAUUGAUUUAUUAUCAUUAAUCUCAACAUUACGACUUAGUUCACAAAAUUUCAUCUUUAUUGCGUUAACUUUUAUCUUGUAAUUUUGACUUUAAUCUCGAAAUUUCGACCUUAAUAACAAAUUGUAAUUUUCUUUAAAUCUCGAAAUUUUGUGAUUUAAGUCGAAAUUUUGAUUUUUAAUCUCAAAAUGUCGACUUUAAUCUUUUUCCUGUAAUUAUUUUUUUAUCUCGUCAUGUGGCCCUAAUCCUCUUUCAUACAAACAUUUCGUUACUUAAAUUAUUCUUUAUUUUCUGGAAAAAAAGAUUUUGUUUUGUUUAGCAGAGCAGAAAAUCACUUUUUAGAUCAAAUUGCUGUGGUUCAUGCAGGUUUUUUAAAAUAUUUUAAAGGUUUUUUUUUUGUAUUCUUUACAUUUGAUUUAUUCUGUAUUUUCCCCAUUGAGACGGAUUAUUAUCAAUUCACAAUGAAGAUUUCUGUAUUAUUACGUACUAAAACAACUUAAAGGUUUCUACUUGAGUGUCUUGGAAAUAGUAGAGAAGGAUUUAAAUGUAAUAAUUUAAUGUCAGGAAUGAGAAAUUAGUAAAUACUGUAUAUUCAUAUGACAUGAGAAACCCCUUCAUUAAAAAUCAAAAAUACAUUUUUUCUUUAAGCUUCAAACUAAGUCCUGAUGUCUCACUGAUCCACUUCAGUCUUUUUAAUGGCUUGUGUUCAUGCAACUCCUGAAAUAAUCUUUGGGUGCGGCACACUUACUUUUUUUUUAAUGAGAAUUAAAAAGCAAUUUAAAUAUUUUAAAUUCAUUUGCAUAAGCUGUAUGAUUUCUGAUUUAUUUUGCUUCUUAUUUUUAAUUGAAUGGAUUCUCUUCAAAAGCUGAUUUGGAUUUUUUUUACACCCGUAAAUCAGUCACUGGUGAAGUAGAAGUGCAGUUGGGGAAAUUCAGAAUUUCCCCAAUAUUUCAAAAUGUGGUUAAAGCCUUAGAUUCUGGAGAGCCUCUUCAGAUUUAGAAAGGAGGAUCGGACUUGUGUUGGACAUAGUUUGGAUAUUUGGCUACAGAAAGCACCAGAUGUUUUAAUCUUCAUUAAAAAUGUGAAUGAAAAAAAAAGAACGCGAAAACUGUAUUGAUCCUGAGUAAUGUUUUUAUAAUUCUAGUACCUGACGAUGGAUGGCUUAAAAAAUAUUUUAGUCUAUUCUUGGAUCAAAUUUAAUUUUUCACUUGAUUUAGUGCUACAAUUAGACGCACUUAUCUAAUUUCAUAUUACAGGUUAAAAGCUGUCAGCAGACUUAUGGACGUAGCUUUAAAGAAAUCAUCUUUUCAUUUUGCACAGACUUUGUCAGAGAAAGACCAUGAAACUGAUAUUAAGGAUGGUUACUUACAGUCCACUGAAGCGAUGAUUCCACUACAUAGCAGCAGGAACCCGAGAACACACACACCUGCCAUAUCUGAGACUGUUCAGCUAUGUGCAGGAUGUGAUGGGAGAUUCAUGCACACCACACAGCUUUUCUGAUACUGCAAACAGGAAAUCCUGAAUUGUCAAAGCCACACAUAUUUUGUCUUUCUGUCUAAUAGCUACUCUGUAUAUGUCUCCUGAUGUUCAGAAGAGUCAGGUACCAUAUUAGUCACAUACCUGUGGUAAAAAAGAGGUGAUUGCUUCCAUUUCAGUGUGCCCUUAUGUCUUUUGUACUAGUUUUUGUGUUGAUAUUCAGCAAACAGUCCACCUGCCACCCAAAAAACCAUGGCCCAUUACUUCAAGGAGGAUCACAUAGUUGAAACAGAAAGUUAAAUAUAAAUUGGUCAGUAUCACUGAUACCAAAAUGUUCCUCCAUGGUUCGACUCUGGGGUUUUUUAGGGGCGUAAAAAUCACAAUAAAGGCAUGAGUAAAAUCUAAGUUCUUAUCAUGGUCCAGUGGAUGCAUUUGACCCACCAGAGAGGAAGAAAAUAUUGUUCUUGUGUUGCUGUGUAAGUUUGCAGUCCAGUUGUCGUAUUAAGUAACAGAUAUGUCGGUGAGUGAGCAGAUCCUUUCCUUGUGUAACCAUCCAUAUUAUAGACAAAUCGCAGCUUAACUACCUACCUUCUGUCCACAGCUGAGAUACCAAAGAGGAAAUUCAUGUAAAGAGCAGUUUAAAGUUAGACUCUUGACGGAAGUAAACCAGAGACUGUUCUUAUGAAAGAGAACAAGCGACACUGGGACUAACUUUGUUUUACUGUACAUAGCAAAAGAGCCUUAAAGAUUUCUGUGUUACAAUGUGGAUAGUUUGUCUUUAUGCACAGAAAUGUGGAUAGUUUCCACAUUUUUCAAAUCCUCACAGUGAGGUUGUUUUAAACACAGUCACUUUAUUCCUCAUUGCAGUUCCCUGAUCUGUUUUUGGUCUUUGCUCAGUUUACAUUUUUCCACGGCUAUCCGAGGAUGGGAUGUAAUCGUCCACUUUUUCCCCUACAGAAAAUGAGAACCUGAAAUAGAUAUUUUUUGAUUUAGUAUUUUGGGUGUUUUCUUUCCCAACAUUUAAUGUGGAAAUUAAAACCUGCGUCACAAAUGUCUUGUAUGCUAAGCAUUGCAAUAAAGCUUUCAAGUUUUUGUUUGGACAUUAAA